CAGCCUUGCCUCGGGUGUAGGGAUUGCAGGGAAAAAGCAAAACUACACGGAGUAGAUCCUGUGUAGUUUUGUUUUUUUGUGGUCAUUUUGAGGCUCAUUCUCACCCUGGAUUUUCUGGAAUCAUACUGGAUACGAGGAUUGUUGCUGAGGCAGUAGCCCACUGGGCGCAGUCCCAUCAGUUAUAGGCACCUUUGUGGUACAAGGUGCCUACCAACAUGACAACACAGGCUCCGACGUUUACACAACCGCUUCAGAGCGUUGUGGCACUUGAGGGUAGUGCUGCAACGUUCGAAGCUCAAGUUAGUGGUUCUCCAGUUCCUGAGGUGAGCUGGUUCCGUGAUGGCCAGGUUCUUACUGCUGCCGCUCUGCCCGGCGCUCAGAUCUCGUUCAGCGAUGGCCGCGCUGUUCUGAGGAUCCCCGCCGUGACCGCCGCGCACAGCGGGAGAUUUUCUGUGAGAGCCACCAACGGCGCCGGACAAGCCACCAGCACCGCCGAGCUGCUGGUUACAGCGGAAACGGCGCCACCUACCUUCAUUCAGAGACUACAGAGCCUGACGGUGAGACAGGGGAGCCGAGUGAGACUGGACGUUCGUGUAACAGGAAUCCCUACACCUGUGGUGAAGUUCUACAGAGAGGGAGCUGAGAUCCAGAGCUCCGCCGACUUCCAGAUCCUUCAGGAGGGAGAUCUUUACAGCCUGCUGAUCGCCGAGGCUUUCCCUGAAGACUCUGGAACUUACUCUGUUAAUGCUACUAACAGCAGCGGACGCGCCACCUCUACUGCUGAACUGCUGGUUCAAGGUGAAGAGGUUGCGGUUCCUGCUAAGAAGACUAAGACAGUUGAGACUCGCCAAACCCGAGUUGAAAAGAAAGUGGAGGCUCGUUUCGAGGCGACGGCGGUGAUGGAGGUGGACAUUGUGGGAGGAGUUUUGGCCCACAAGACUCCGCCCCGCGUUCCCCCGAAACCCGCCUCCAAAUCCCCCACUCCAUCCAGCGCCGUGUCCAAGAUCGGAGCUGCUCGCCACCAGUCCCCCUCCCCCGUCCGACACGUCAAGGCACCCACCCCCUCACCUGUCAGACCCGUGAAGUCUCCAGUAACUACACGCAAGCAGGUAGCACCAGGUGCUGACGUUCUGCCUCCAUGGAAACGGGAAGGCGGAGCCCCAGAGGAAGCACCUGUCCAGAAGGAGCUGUGGGAGGGGCCUGUCCCUGUGAAAGAGGGCCGGCACGAGUCGGGCGGGAGAUCUACUGCUGUCGCUACAGUGGUGGCAGCAGUGGACCAGGCUCGGGUUCGAGUCCGGCCACACUGCGAUACUAUUGAUCAGUCCGGCGCAGAGACGGCCUGGUCUUCUGAACAGUUCAUAUCUUUACAAGAUCAGAUGAAUGAUUCUGAACAGAACGUCUUUAGAGAAAACAGCGUUGAGUUUUCACAGUCUUACGUAAACUCAGAGAGUGAAGCUGCAGAUGCUGUUAAUGGUGCAGUUCUUACUGAUGAGAGCAGCGUUGGGCAGUGGCUGGAUGAUGCUGAAAGCAGUGCUGAACUCGUGGAGUUCUCUAAUGGAGGAACGACCACUUUUAAUAAUACCUUACUGAGUGAAGAUGAAGUGGAGAUGAUGUCUGAUGUUGAGGACACUACAGCCGUGAUGAUUCCAGAAGAAGAGCAGUUUAUUGAGAGUGAUGAUGAGUAUGAUGUUGAUGAGGACAGCAGCCCUGAGACAGAAAACGGGGCUGUUCUGGACGAGGACUGGAAAAGAUCUUCUGCUGGAGCUGCAGUUGCAGUGAUUUCUACUGGUGGCCAAGGCUUUUCACGCAGCUUUAUGCAGGCUGGUGGUGAUCAGAUGGAAGAAAGACUCCUAAAGUCUGAAAUAAACCAACAAGCUGAACUAGAAGCUUCUUCUAAGACCGUAAAAACCAAGACGAUGCAUUUAUCCACUUCUACCCACGCAAUCGCCAUGGACCACGAUACUCAGAUGCAAAGAACUAAAGAGAUAACAUCCCAGGCGUAUUCUGGCCUUUCUCCAUCACCUGUUCCACACUUCACAGUAUCAAAAGUCACAGUUCCUAAACCAGAUCAUAGUCGCGAGGUUUCUAUCGCAGGCUCUGCUAUCGCCACUCUACAGAAAGAGUUCUCUUCUACUGCUGCUGCUCAAAAGAUCAUCAAACCCAUCAAGCCUCCAUCAUACGAGUUUGUGGAAAUGAGAGUGACGCCGCAGCCGUGCGUCUCUCCGUUUAGAGACAGCGAGAGUUAUCGCUCUCUUUAUGAUGUCCAGAUAAAAAAGGAUGUAGGCUCCACUUUUACAAAGGGCUUUACACAGUCUUACGGCAAAUGGGACGCUCAGGUGACUGAAGCUCCAGUGGUCCCCACACAAACACGAGAGCAAGCGACGCCACCGACCAUCGUAGCAGCAUUGAAGAACACGACCGUAACUGAAGGAGAGUCCGUGACUUUGGAGUGCCAGAUCUCAGGUCACCCCACACCCGGUAUCAUGUGGUUUAGAGAAGAUUUCAGGAUUGAAAGUUCCAUUGAUUUUCAGAUUACCUAUGAGAAAAGCUUCGCCCGCUUGGUGAUUCGCGAGGCCUUCGCCGAGGACAGCGGCAGAUUCACCUGCACUGCUACUAACGAGGCUGGAACAAUAAGCACUUCCUGCUACCUGCUCGUUAAAGUUUCUGAGGAAAUUGAGAGCAGGGAGUAUUUGACUGCACCAACUGAACCUACUGAGGCAUCUCCCCAAGACAGACAACCUGAAGACACUAUGUCAGAAGUAAGCGGCGUAUCCGAGCCUGUGGAUCCCGCACAAGCCGUGGCUCCUUUCUUUGUUAAGAAGCCCACAGUGCAGAAGCUGGUAGAGGGUGGAAGCGUUGUGUUUGACUGCCAGAUCGGAGGAAGUCCCAAACCCCACAUCUACUGGAAGAAGAGUGGAGUUCCACUAACCACUGGAUACAGAUACAGAGUAGCCUACAAUAAGGAAACAGGACAGUGUAAACUGGAGAUCUCCAUGACGUUCUCUGAUGAUGCUGGAGAAUACACAGUGUUCGCCAGGAAUCAGCUGGGAGAAGUUUCUGCCUCAGCCAUGCUGCUUGAUGAAGAGGCGUUCGAAUCUCAGACAAAGCAACCAGAACCUGCAUACAGACCUGAAGCAGUGCCAGAGCCUAAAGUGGCGGACGUGGCGCCUGCAGUUCUCAGUGAGGCUGAUAAAGACGUGGCGCUCGCUCAGAGGAGGCUGGUCCAGCAGGCCCAGAUGAUGCAGUCCUUCACCUCCGAGACCGAAUUCCAAAUCUCCGCUAUUGAGCAGAAGAUCAUCUACGAGACGGAGCUGCGCAUUCUGAAGAUCACCUACCAGGAGCUGGUGACGGAGGACGGCGAGCAGGUGGACCUGAGCGUACCUGAGCAGGAGGCUGUCUCACCUGUCUUCAACAUUCCUGUGAAACAUUACCGACUGAGGGAGGGCAUGAGCGCCACCUUCCACUUCAAGAUGACGGGAUCUCCACUACCUAAGAUUGCGUGGUAUAAAGACGGUAAGCGUAUCAGACAUGGAGAGCACUAUCAGAUCGAGGUUCUUCAGGACGGCAGAGCCAGUCUCCGCCUCCCUGCGGUUCACCAAUCGGACGAGGGCGUCUACACGGCUCUAAUUAGCAACAUUAAGGGAAAUGCAGUCAGCUCUGGGAAGAUAUACGUGGAACCGUCCGCUCCACAGACUCCAUACCUUCAGCCAGAAGCAGUUCAGAGGAUCAGGUCCACAUCUCCGCGCUCCACGAGCCGUUCUCCUGGACGUUCUCCUGGACGUUCUCCCGCCCGCCGGCUGGACGAGACUGAUGAAGCUCAGCUGGAGAGACUCUAUAAACCUGUGUUUGUUACAAAGCCCUCAUCGUUUAGAUGCUCCGAGGGUCAAACCGCAAGAUUUGAUCUGAAGGUUGUUGGCAGACCCAUGCCCGACACCUUCUGGUUCCAUAACGGACAACAAGUGGUUAAUGACUACACCCACAAGAUAGUGGUGAAGGAGGACGGAACCCAGUCUCUGAUUGUGGUUCCUGCUAUGCCGUAUGACUCUGGAGAAUGGACAGUUGUAGCUCAGAACAGAGCUGGAAAAACCUCAGUUUCUAUGACUCUCACUGUAGAAGCGAGAGAAAACCUGGUGAAGCCUCAGUUUGUUGAGAAACUGAAGAAUAUCAGUGUUAAGGAGGGCAGUUUGGUCGAGUUGGCUGUUAAAGCAAUUGGCAACCCUCUUCCCGAUAUCGUCUGGCUGAAGAACAGCGAUAUUGUUUCCCCACACAAACACCCGAACAUCAAGAUUGAAGGUGGAAAAGGACAGGCUCUUUUCAAAAUCGCUCAGAGCUCCGGUUCUGACAGUGCGUGGUACACCGCCACGGCUAUUAACAAAGCUGGCCGAGACACCACCCGCUGCAGAGUCAACGUGGAGGUAGAGGCAGCAGAGCCUCAGCCAGAGAGAAGACUCAUUAUUCCUAAAGGAACUUACAAAGCUAAGGAGAUCGCCGCUCCAGAGUUGGAGCCACUGCACCUCCGUUACGGACAGGAUCAGUGGGAGGAAGGAGAUCUUUACGAUAAAGAGAAGCAGCAGAAACCUCACUUUAAAAAGAAGCUGACUUCAGUCAGACUGAAGCAGUUUGGCCCUGUGCACUUUGAAUGUAGACUGACCCCUAUUGGUGACCCAACGAUGAUCGUUGAGUGGUUGCACGAUGGGAAACCUCUGGAAGCGGCGAACAGACUACGUAUGGUCAAUGAGUUCGGAUACUGCAGUCUCGACUAUGAAGCUGCUUAUGCUAGAGACAGUGGUGUUAUUACCUGCAGAGCUACUAACAAAUUCGGUAUUGACCAGACCUCCGCUACUCUACUGGUGAGGGAAGGGAAGGGUCUUGUCGAGGAGACUCAGUUGCCAGAGGGAAGGAGUGCCCAGAGAAUCGAUGAAAUUAAGCGACUAGCUCAUGAGGGACCAUCUGGAGUUAGUGGAGAAGAAGUGACCGAGAAAAUAAAACCAGAGAUCGUCUUGCUUCCAGAACCAGUAAGAGUACUGGAGGGCGAAACUGCCAAAUUCCGCUGCAGAGUUACCGGCUACCCAGCACCCAAGGUUAACUGGUACCUCAACGGACAACUCGUCCUCAAGAGCAAAAGAUUCAGACUGCUGUUUGACGGCAUUCACUACUUAGAGGUCGUAGACUGCAAAUCCUACGACGCCGGUGAAAUGAAAGUCUUGGCAGAAAACCCCGAAGGCGUGAUUGAACACACCGUAAAGUUCGAGGUUCAACAGAAGGAGGACUUCAGAACCGUCCUUCGCCAGACCAAGGGUCCAGCACCUGCUGUUCCAGAGCCUGGCAGAGAAACCUACGAGCUCACCGCAACUGAGAAGCAGACAGGCGUCUCUAAGGAGAUCAAGGAGUUGGUAAGGUUGAGGAAAGCUGAGAGAGUAAUCCACGAGAAAUCAACCGAAGAAACAGAGGAACUAAGAAGCAAAUUCAAGCGCAGGACUCAGGAGGGCUACUACGAAGCCAUCACCGCCGUUGAGCUCAAGGCCCGCAAGAAGGACGAGUCCUACGAAGGCAUGCUCAAGAGGACAAAAGACGAACUCCUCCAUCACACCAAAGAACUCACCGAAGCCGAAAAGAAAAAAGAGGAGGAGCGAAAACUCGCCGCCGCCAAGCUUAAACCCGAGAGAGUGAAGCUUUCACCAAGUAUGGAAGCUCCGAAGAUCACCGAACGUAUCCAGAGUCAGACCGUCGCUCUGGGUGACGAAGUGCGAUUCCGUGUCCGAGUUACCGGUAGACCUGAACCAGAAUGCCAGUGGUUCAAGAAUGGAGUUUUGAUGGAGAAAUCAAACCGCAUCAACUGGCACUGGUCUGAAAACCAUGUCUGCGAACUGGUCAUCAAAGACGUUGCUGCUGAAGACUCUGCUAGCAUCAUGGUCAAAGCCAUGAACGUUGCAGGAGAGACCUCAAGCCAUGCCUUCUUGCUGGUUCAAGCAAAACAAGUGAUCACCUUUACUCAAGUACUAGAAGAUCAAAGUGGCAAAGAGAAGGACACCAUGGUGACCUUUGAAUGUGAGACGAAUGAGCCGUUUGUCAAAGUCAAAUGGCUGAAGAACAACGCCGAGAUUUUCUCUGGGGACAAGUACAGGAUGCACUCCGACAGAAAAGUGCACUUCCUGUCCGUGCUGAUCAUAGGCAUGAGUGACGAGGCUGAGUACACCUGUGCCGUCGUUGAGGACGACCACAUCAGAACGUCUGCUAGACUUUAUGUUGAAGGUGCACCACUUGAAAUUUUGAAAAACCUUGAGAAUACAGAAGUACCCGAGACGUACGCUGGAGAGUUUGAGUGUGUCUUAUCCCGAGAGGAUGCUGAGGGAACCUGGUACUUUGAGAAUAAAGAGAUCACUCCCAGCCUCAAAUAUGUUGUGACCUCUCGCCGCGGUCGCCAUAGCCUGUCUGUAAAAGACGUGAAGAAAGAGGACCAAGGAAAAUACACUUUCCAAGUGGGCAAUCUGAAGACAAGCGCCACCCUGAAGAUGAAAUUGCGUCCAGUUACGCUGCUGCAAGGCCUCUCAGACCUGGCGAUCUGUGAAGGUGAUAUCGCCCAGCUGGAGGUGCGAUUCUCUCAGGAGAACGUUGAAGGAUCUUGGCUGAAGGAUGGUCAGCCCAUCUCUGCUACUGAUAGAGUUCACAUUGUGAUUGACAAGCAAACCCACAAGCUUCUCAUUGAAGAUGCUAAAAAAGAUGACGCUGCGAUCUACUCCUUCGUCGUUCCCAUUCAAGACAUUUCUACAUCUGGAAAGCUCACGGUUAAAACCAUUGAGUUUGUGGCGCCAUUAAAGGACAUUUCUUCAAUUGAGGGAACAAAGUCCGUCUUUGAGGCCAAGAUCACCGCUGCCGACGUCAGCUCAGUGAAAUGGUACCAUGGUGACAAACUGGUGGUUCCCAGUGACAGAGUACAGAUGGUUGUCAAAGGAUCCAAACAGCGUCUGGUACUGCACAGGACCUUCGCUUCUGAUGAAGGACAGUAUAAGAUGGUUGUUGGUAGAGUCGACUCAUCGUGCAGACUGAGCGUUGAAGCUAUCAGAAUUGUGAAGCACAUGGAAGACUGUGUUUGCACCGAGACCCAGAACGUCACCUUUGAGGUUGAAGUAUCUCACCCUGGUAUCAACGGUUAUUGGACCUUCAAGGGACAACCUCUUAAAACUUGCCCCAGUUACAAGAUUGAGGCGAAGGGUACGACGCACAAACUGACGGUCAUCAACACCAUGAAGGACGAGGAGGGAGAGUACACCUUUGCUGCCGGAGAAAAGAGCUCCAGUGCAAAGCUUGUGGUUUCAGGUGGUGCUAUAAGUAGACCCCUGCAUGAUUUGACAGUAGCGGAGUCUCAGACCGCUGAGCUGGAGUGUGAGGUGGCCAGCGCCUCUGCUGAGGGCAAGUGGUUUAAGGACGGACAGCCUGUCGAUUUCAACGAGAACGUCAGGAGUGAAGAUAUCGCCACCGUGAGACGCCUCGUCAUCGUGAUCACAAGGCCACAAGAUAUUGGGGAGUACACCUACCAGGUGGCAAACUCCAAAACAUCAGCCAACCUGAAAGUUGAAGCUGUUAAAAUCAAGAAGACCAUCAAGAACCAGACCGUCACCGAGACUCAGGAAGCAGCGUUCAGUCUAGAACUCACCCAUUUGGACGUACAAGGAUCUCAGUGGAUCAAGAACGGAGUGGAGAUUGUCCCGAGUGAUAAAUACGAGAUUACAGUAGAUGGAAUGAUUCACACCCUUAAAAUCAAAAACUGCAACACCCAGGAUGAGUCUGUUUAUGGAUUCAAGCUUGGAAAGCUCUCCGCUAAUGCCAGACUCAACGUCGAGACUAUUAAAAUCGUGAAGAAGCCUAAGGACGUGACCUCGUUGUUGGGAGACACCGCCUCCUUCGAGCUGAGUCUCUCCCACGAUGAUAUCCCAGUUAAAUGGAUGUUCAAAGGCCAAGAGCUGAAGCCGAGCGCCAACGUGCAGAUAUUCUCCGAGAGGAAAGCUCACAAGCUGGUGAUUCAGAGCGUGGAGAGCAGCAUGGAGGGAGAGUACACCGCCAUGUUCGGACAUCUGCAGUGCAGCGCUCACCUGCACGUUGAGUCUCUGAAGGUCACCAAACCCAUGAAGAACGUUGAGGUUCCAGAGACUCAGGUGGCCACGUUCGAGUGUGAAGUCUCUCACUUUAACGUCCCGUCCACCUGGCUGAAGAACGGAGUCGAGAUCGAGAUGAGCGAGAAGUUCAGCAUCGUGGUUCAGGGUAAACUCCACCAGCUGAAGAUCAUGAACACCUGUGGAGAAGAUGCUACAGAAUACACGUUUGUCUGUGGAAGCGACAGAGUUUCCGCUAAUCUGACUGUUAACCCAAUUCUGAUCACCCUGAUGCUCCAAGACCUCAACGCUCAGGAGAAGGACACCAUUACAUUUGAAGCUUCAGUAAACUACGAGGGAAUCACCUACAAGUGGCUGAAGAACGGCGUGGAGAUCAGAUCUACAGACCGAUGCCAGACCCGCUCUCGACAGCUCUCUCACUCUCUCACCAUCCGAAACGUUCACUUCGGGGACAGUGCCGAGUACAAGUUCGUAGCUGGAUCUGCUCAGACUUCAGGAAAAUUGUUUGUUGAAGCUCGCGUCAUUGAAUUCACAAAACACAUCAAGGACAUUAAAGUUACUGAGAAGAAGAAGGCCAUCUUUGAGUGUGAGCUCUCUGAGCCUAAUGUUCAUGUGACCUGGAUGAAGGAUGGGCAGGAACUGGAAUUAUCUGAAAGGUUCAAGGCCACCACAGAUAAACACCUCCAGCGCUUGAUGAUCCAGACCACCCGUAUGUCCGACGCCGGAGAGUACUCUGUGGUCGCCGGAUCCAGCCUGUCUAAAGCUCAUCUGACAGUAGAGGGAAAGGACGUCCACAUCUCCGAACCUGCUGAGAAGGACAUCACCGUGAUUGAGAAGCAGAGAGCCACGUUGGAGUUUGAGGUCAGUGAGGAGGAGAUUGAAGGCCGCUGGCUGAGAAACGGAGCUGAGAUUCAGUUCUCCACCGAGAAACGGUUUAACUACGCCACCAUUAGAAAAGUGCAUCGCCUGACCAUUACUGAGACCUACAGGAACGAUGCUGGAGAGUACACCUUUAUCGCCGGGAAGAACAGCUGCGUUGUGAACCUUCACGUCAAGAUCCCCGAGCCUCCUCAGAUCAUCAGACACAUGGAGUCGUUAUCAGUAGAAGCUGGUAAACCCGCUCGCUUCUCGGUGGAGGUGAGCGGUAUCCCCCAGCCCCAGGUCUCCUGGUUUAAGAACUCUCAGGCUCUCUCUGCUGGGUUUAAGUGUAAGUUCCUGAGAGAGGGGAACGAGUUCACUCUGCUGCUGAUCGAGGUUUUCCCAGAAGAUGCAGCUCAGUACACCUGUGAGGCCAAAAACGACUACGGUCAGGCCAGCAGCUCCGCCACGCUCAACGUAGAAGUUCCUGAAGUGGUUUCUCCAGAGGUUGCACUUCCAGUGUCUCCUCCUGUGAUUCUCUCCUCUAUAAAUGAUGUCAGUGUUGAGGAGGGCGAGUCUGCCAGGUUCCAGUGCAACGUCAUUGGAGAGGAUCUGACAGUAACUUGGUUCUGUAAAGAUAAGGAGAUAAAGCAGUCUGAUAUCUUCAGGAUGUCUCAGUAUGACGACUGCCUCCAGCUGGAGAUAGUUGGAGCGUACGCUCAGGAUCAGGGCGAGUACACAUGCGCCGCUCGUAACUCCUCAGGGAUGGUCUCCUGUUCCGCAUUUUUAAGAGUUAACGAUCUCAGUGUGAAAUCUGUAAGUAGUGUGUCGAGCGCCGGAGUUUCUCUUUCGGAGAGAGUCUCUUCGUUCAGCCUGAGCGAGACACAUUCUUCUUCCUCCUUUCAAACCUUUGAAAUGGUGUCCACCGUGGAGACGUCCACCACCUCCGUCCAGAGCGUGGACGUCCUGCUGCAGACGGGCUGGGCGGAGGCGUCCCCCGGGGCUCCGGCUCUGCUCGUGAGGAUGAGCGAUGUGAUAGUCAGGCUGGGGGAAAUGGCGGAGUUUAGCUGCUCGUUCGACGGGCAGCCCCUUACUGAAAUCGUGUGGGACCAUAACGGGGACAUGGUGGUGAGGACGGAGCGGGUGCAGUGUCUGGAGGACGGCGAAGUCCUGUCCCUCGUCAUACUGAACGUGCAGCUCUCCGACCAGGGGAGUUACUGCUGUACUGUUAAAAACAGACACGGUCAGAAUCACACCUCGGCUCGGCUCACAGUAGAAGCCAAGGAAGCGACCCCCCAAGCCGAAACCCCCGUCACCUCUGAGUCCGUCAGUAAAAGUGAACACUACUCUUCUAAAAGUGAAUACGAGUCCAGUACAGAGGCCUCCGAUCAGGAGAAACAGGAGUCCGUGCAGAGCGCCGGACCGCUGCUCCAUCACUCCGGUCUGAAAAGAGCCGAAAAGUGGCCGAUUUACCGGCCGGCGUACUUCCCAGACGCUGCAGCGCUGGUGGAGCUUGGUAGAAAUGCAGCAAAUGACCUGCAGCCCGAAUUUCUUGUGAAAAUCCCCCCAGAGAUCCUAACCAAGCAGAAAGAGAGCGUAUCUCCGUACUGUGUGAUCAGAGGAACCCUCUCUCCGUACGUGGUUUGGCUCCAAAACCACCAGGUUCUUGAGGAGUCGAGGCCGUACUCGCCGAAACACGACGGGCCGCUGUGCUGCUUAAACCUUACCAAUACCGGUGCCGAACAUGGAGGCUCUUAUACGUACCAGAUAAUCAAAGCUGCAGGAGAUAAUGCGUGCACCUCCCAGCUCAGACUUGAGAACUCAGUGCCAAAGGUGGAGGAGGAGCACAAAGAGGAAGUCAGAGCUUUUUCUAGCUCGUCCAUCUCUACACAAGAGGACUCUUACACAACGAGCCUUCACAUAAAAAAAGACAAGGGCAAAACGUUCGAACUCGAGCCAGAAUCCAAAUUUUAUCCAGAGACGUUGACCAGACAAAUUGAAAAGCCAGUUUUUGUAACCAAGCUCUCCUCCGCGAUCGCGACUGUCGGAAACAUGGCUAAAUUUACUGUAAUUAUCUCUGCGUUUCCGAAACCUACAGUUCAGUGGUACUACAAUAAACAAAUUAUAACGUCCUCUUCGGUUUAUACGUUUGUUGAAGAGAGGGACAAAUACACUCUGGUUAUUAAUGACGUUAGAAAGGAAUUGGAAGGGGAAUACUCUUGUACUGCCAGCAACAGACUUGGCAAAUCGACCUGUACCUCUUAUCUCCACGUUAAAGUCAAGGACACAAAGGACGUGGAAGAGCCUGUUGCACAGCCGCCAUAUUUCACCAAGCCCAUUGAGCCUAUGCAGUGCACAGUUGGCGGCAAUGCAGUCUUCGAGUACAGGGUUACCGGCGUUCCACUGCCGAGUGUCCAGUGGUUGAAGGAUAGCUGCCAUAUCCAACCUGGCAAAUUUUGUAACAUGGUCAAUAACGUGGAAGGCUCUGGCUUCUUAAAGAUAAUCAAUGUCCAAAAAACCGACAGCGGUCUCUAUUCUUGUAGAGCAUCCAACAAUCGAGGGGAAGCCUCUUGCAGUGCUGAUCUAAUUGUUUUCCUUGGUACGGUCUCAAUGUCCCAAAUGCAAUUUGAACGCCAAAAAACGACUUACGAAAGUUCUGUGUACGAACAAACCACCGAACAAACAUCUGAGUCCAGCUUAUUCAGGGGGAAUCUUUCGGCACAGACCACGGCUAGUCUCAAGAAACAUCAGCAGAUGAUUUAUAGCUCUGGCACGGAAGAUAGAAGGCAGUCGGUAGAAUACGAACAAUUAGGUACUCUGUCCGAGUUUAAGGCUUCAUCUGCAGCCAUGCAUGUCGAGCAGGUAACUCGCCAAGCUGCCAUUCUACAGUCUCACCAAAUGCAAGAAGGAAUAAGCGUUGCUGCCACUCAUCCACCAGCUGAGCAGCAACCGGCGGUGGUGACACCUCUAAAGGAGCUCCACAUGGCAGCAAUCACCCCUAGCAUCCAGGAAAUCCAAGGCUUCACAGAGCAGCACUCUGACCCAAUCAAAAGUCCCGAGGUCGUAGAUGUUCAGAUCUUUGAGGAACAGCCCUCGAAAGUGAUGUCCGCCAUUUCCGAGAGCGUGACGCCUCUUAUGAUCGUAAAAGCUGAACCUCUUUCUAGCAUGGAAGGUGAAAGGGUCCGCCCUAUUCCAGAAUCAAAACAUGCCAUCAGUAGCCAUCAAGUUGAGACUAGGUUGGUUGUCCUAAAAGAACAACAUGGUAACAUCCCGUUUCCAGACGAGGAGAAAGCCUUCAGAAUAAAAGAAGGUGUUAAAGUCUUACAGUCUUUAGUAACUUCAGAGAAUCUGGAGCUUACAGAGCCUCGUUCUUCAACAAUACCCACCGUGGAGUGCAGUGAAUGUCUUGAAGGAAAGGAACAAAUCAAGCCCGUGAUUGCCUCUCUCAGUGAAAUCAAACAUACUUUGUCUAAAGAAAGUGGUUUUGAGGUGCCUGAACCUGUUGAAGAGGUUGCACAGCUGUCCAAAGAUCAGGUGUUGAAAUCCGCCAUCUCGGUCAAAGAAACGUACAAACUUAAAGGCGACCAAACUGACGCAAUUCCAGGUUUAGACAGUGCUGUUUUAGUGCAUUCCCAGAGAGAAGAGAAUCAAGUCCUUCAUUUACAGGUCAUAAGCGAUCAAGGUACUCUUCCAUCCGAAGGCAGAUUUACCUGCGAGAAACCAGAAGCAGUACAAGCUGAAUCCAGGAAAAGCCCAAAUCUUAUGUACACAACAUCUGUGGAUGAUCAGAAAACUGUCAAAUAUGAGCAAGAAAUGACAAUUACUUGCACAAAGGCUGCAGAGGUCUCUCAAGCCAUAAAACCACGUCAAGAGGUUCCUCCGAAGUUGCAUCUUUCGUCAGUUCAGGCUGAGGCGAUUUUGUCCAAAGAAGGCUUUCUUUCAGUACAAGAGCCAAACCAGCAGAUGGCAGUGCAGAAACAGGAGAAAGCUUGUAAGCAAGCAGUUACCGUAGACGAAAAAACAGAGCUUACAGCUGAUUACACCAAACAUCUUGACGUUUCUGUCAAAGGGGUUAGUCCUGAACAUCGGAAAGAGCCCAGAACACUAAACAUUCUUCACAUUGUCUCUGAAUCUACGCCACUUCCAAAGGAAAGUCCUAUUAUAGCUAGUGAAAGAGAGCAGCAUGCCCUAGUUCAGAAGGAGGACAACUGGAAUAUUUUGCAUGCAGUGACCGUGUCAGAUAGACCCACUUUACAGGAGGGUCAUACUGACGAUCUUGAGGCAACAGAAGAACUUACUUCCAAGGUAACUGUAGAGCCCAAGCUUCCGAUGCAUCCUCUGUAUGUUGAGGAAAAGGCGAUUUCCACGGAAAGUUCAGUCACUCUUGCGGAUGCAGAGCAGGAUUUUGCUGUUCAGAUUCAAGAAGGUCAGUCCUUGAGGCAGUCAGUCUUAAUGGAAGAUAAGCGACCUCUGAAAAGCGAGGUAUCUAAGGACAUUACCAAACCAGAGACCUCAACGGUAAGUAUGGUCACUCAACCUACUGCAACGCUUCAAGUGACCGAAUCCCAACAAAGCCAAACUCUUCCAAAGGAACUCACGUUCCUGAUUCCUGUACCGAAGUCGCACUCUUUAGAAAUCAAGCGUCAGCUGAAAAAUGCUUUACAGUGUGCUGUAGCCUGCGAUCAGCCGCUAAUCCUGGCCGAUGUCGUCCGUAGCUUAGACGUGGUUGACGUGAAGGAGGUCAAAGUCCUUAAAGAACCCAAGAAUACAAUGUUCUCGUAUCUUAUUACGACAAAAACGGUUCCAGUAGAAGUAACGAUUGCCUUUGAAGGGGAAUAUCCUCGAACAGCUGAUCUUAGAAGUGAACUUCAAGCAGCCUUGAGCUCCAUUAUUUAUCAAGAACAGCAGAUCUUCUCGUCAGAACAGGUUCUCGACACGUCGCAAGUUUUCCAGCAGAAACAGAAAGUACAGCUUAGUUUCGCUCCUUCAAAAGAAGUGCUGUCGCCAGUGGUAGAAUCUGUUCAGAUUACGGAAAACGUGGACGUUGUCACGUCACCGAAAACUCAAACUGCUGCUUUAAAGACUGAAUCUACCAUGACUUCGGGGAAAGUGGAUGUUCAGAAGAUGUCCGUUCAUACGGCAGAACAAGAGAAGAAAUCUUUAGCAAAGAAAGGGUACAAGAAAGAUGUUCAAGUUCUUGAAACUCUUAUGUCUGAUAAAUCUUUGCUGCAAAGUUCAGUUGAAGAGUCCAGAAAGGUCUUUUUUCACGAAGAAGAAAGAAUAGAAGAAUUUCUUAAAGUGGAAACAACAAAAGUAGAAACAACCGCAGACAAAAAGGACAAAGAACUGAAGUUUGACCUGUCAUUAGAAGACAUCGCUGCAAUAGAGGGUUCUGUGGUUACGUUCAGUGUUAAAAUAAAAAACGUAAAUAAAGUUAACUGGCUUUUCAAUGGCAAAUUGAUCAAAUCUGGCAAAGAGUUCAAAUGUUCCAAAGAUCACGACACGUAUACUUUAGUAAUCAGCAAAGUUACGAAGGAAAAACACGAAGGCGAGUACACGUGCCAGGCUGCCAACCAAGCUGCCGAGGCCUCGACAUCAUCGCGGCUCAGAGUUCUCUCGAGAGUGCCUCCAGUUUUCAAGAGAAAAAUCCACGACCUGGAAGUGAACCUUGGCAGCCCCGCCAAGUUCGACUGCGAGAUCGAAGACGCUCCAAACGUGAUCUUUAAAUGGUUUAAAUCCGGUUCUGAGAUCCGGCAGAGCGAUAAGUACCGGAUCAUCAGCCACCACACCACCUCCUCCCUGGAGCUCCUGAACUCGGCCAAAACCGACGGUGGAGAAUUCAGCUGCCGAGCCUCCAACAAGGACGGUAGCGAUAGCUGCGCCGCUAACCUGAUCGUCACCGAACUUUCCUCCAUCCCUCAAGAAUUACAAAUGCUGGACGUAGAGAAAGGACCCAGUGCUGUUUUUCACUGUGAGGUUAUCGGUACUGGCCUGUUUGGAAUUAACUGGUUAAACACUAAAAGGCCGCUGAUUCAGGAUAAAAAACAGAGUCUUCGAUUCCAAGAUUCGGUCGCAGAUUUGGAAAGAUGUUCAUUUGAGAAAUCCGAUAUAAUACCAGGGGAAUACCACUAUAAUUUAUCAAAAUCAAUCGGACAGAUCCCUUCAAAAUCAGUUGUGGAGUUAAGAGAACCUGCUCGCUUUGUGAAGAGGUUAAAGGACACGGUUUUCCCAAUGAGCGACAGACUGAGGCUUGAGUGUACGUUCACCGGAGCGCCAAAAUUGUUCGUAACUUGGUACAAAGACGGAAAGCAGCUGUACGCCUCGUACAGAUAUAACACAAGAAUGACCAAGAAUUCCUGCAUCUUGGAAUGUCUACAAGUGUGUAACAAAGACACGCCAGGAAAAUACUCUUGUGAAAUCUCGAAUUCCAUGGGAACUGAUAUUUGUCACGCCAAUGUGAUGACGAGGACAGAGCGUAAAAUUCCACCAACCUUCACUAAAAAAUUCCCAGAGCACAUCGAGGACACCACGGGUAAGCUGCUGAAGCUCGAGGGUCGUGUAUCUGGAUCCCAACCCCUGUCCAUUAACUGGUACAAAGAUAACAGGGAAAUCUUCAGCUCCAACAACUGUGAAAUAUUAUUCAAGAGCAACGUGGCGGUGCUGUGCAUUAAGAGUUCCCAAACCUCGGACAGCGGAACGUACGUGUGCAGCGCCAGCAAUGAAGCCGGUUCCACCUCCUGCCAGACGGUGAUCAAGAUCACAGAGCAACAAAAUCCACCGACCUUUAUCACGACCCUCACGCCUACGGCAGUGGGCGAGGGCGAGAGACUCAGCCUUAGCUGUAACGUCACCGGCUCUCCUCCACUGAACAUCCAGUGGAUGAAGGACAGGAGGGAGGUGACGUCCUCAGCCACCACCAAGAUCACCUUUACCGACGGCGCCGCCAGUCUGGUGAUCGACAAAGCGUCCAAAACCGACGCAGGAGAUUACCUCUGCAAGGCCUCCAACAGCGCCGGCAGCACCUUCUCCAAGACCAAGGUCACCAUCAAAGAAAAAGCAGGAGCCGCUCCUGCAGCAGCUCAGCCGGUUCCAUCAGCACCUCAGCCAGUUAAAAAACUGGAGAACUUGUUCUUCAUCGAUGAACCGAAGAGUGUUCGCGUCACCGAGAAGGGCACCGCAACCUUCAUUGCCAAGGUUGGUGGUGAUCCCAUCCCUAACGUGAAGUGGAUGAAGGGAAAGUGGAGGCAGAUGACCCACGGCGGUCGAGUCAGUAUCGAGCAGAAAGGCCAAGAGGCCAAACUGGAGAUCAUAGAAGUGACCAAAUCUGACUCCGGUCAGUACAGAUGUGUAGCGUCUAACAAACACGGAGAAAUCGAGAGUCAGACUGAGUUAACCGUUUCUGAGAAGCAGGAGACCGCACCUGAAACGGUCAAACUGAAGAAGACGCCAUCAAAGCAGAAAAGUCCGAAGGAGGACAAAGACAUUGAUAUUGUUGAGUUGUUGAGAAACGUAGAUCCCAAAGAGUACGAGAAGUACGCUCGCAUGUACGGCAUCACCGACUACAGAGGCCUCCUGCAGGCCAUCGAGCAGCUGAAACGAGAGAAGGGCGAAGAAAGUGGAAGACCGGAACGCGAACGUGGACGAGAAGCCGAAGACGAAGAUUUGGCUAAGCUCGUGUCUGAUUUGCAGAGAAGAAUGGAACAAACUGAACCCGUCACCCUGCUUAACGACAUCACAGAUCAAACCGCCCAGGUUAAUAACGAGGCCGUGUUUGAGUGCGAGAUUAAGAUCAACUACCCAGAAAUCACCAUGUCUUGGUACAAAGACACCCAGAAGCUUGAGAACGGUAGUAAAUACGAUAUUAAGGUGGUGGGCGACCGCCACGUGCUGAAGAUCAGGAACUGUCAGAAGAGUGACCAGGGAAAUUACCGCGUCGUGUGCGGCCCUCAUAUCUCCAGUGCCAGUCUCUCGGUGUUGGCUGAGCAAAUUCAGUUCACCAAACGCAUCCAAAACAUUAUGGUGAAGGAACGCCAGACGGCGACGUUUGAGUGCGAGUUGUCUUUUGACAACGCCGUGGUCACAUGGUACAAAGACUCAUGGGAACUUAAAGAGAGUCCAAAAUAUACCUUCAGAUGUGAGGGACGACGUCACUUUAUGAUCAUCCGUAAUGUUACAUCUGAGGACGAAGGCGUAUACUCUGUAAUUGCGCGAUUGGAGCCCAUCGGUGAAGCUACGAGUACUGCUGAGCUUUAUCUGUCGGGCAAAGAGAUUGAUCUAGGAAUAAUGUCUUAUGAUGUCCCUGAUACAACAAUACAAGUACCAGAGAUGUCCUCUAUUAUUAGUUUUAAAGAAGAGUCAUCUGAAUAUUAUUAUGAAGAAAAGAGUGAAGUAUCAGUGGGUUAUGAGAGUGGGACGGUCAGAGAGGAUUUCUCGUCUUCUGAAGAACCGAAGAAGCCAGUUGAGGAAGUUGUUCCUAAAACUGUGGCUGGAAAGACGGAAGAAAAGCCUAAACAAGAACCUGAAGUCAGGAGGCCGGUAGAAGAAAAGGUCCAGGUGGUAAAAGUACCUGAGAGAAAGGAAGAGCCAGCACCUAAAGAUGUUCCUAAACCAGUGCCAGUGGUUCCUGAGCCUAAACCUCAGGUGGUGCCACCUGAGCCCAAAGUGGCACCAAUGGCUGAACCAAUGGCUGUGCCCAAGCCACAACCCACACCUGAACCCAAACCUGAACCUAAACCUGAGACUAAGGUUCCAACAAAACCAGAACCAAAGGUUGAACCUAAACCUGAACCUAAACCUGAAGUUACAAAGAAGCCAGAAGCUCCACCUGUCAAAGCUCCCGAAGAGGCAAAAACUAAGAAAACGCCACUUAUAAAAAAGCCUGACAAAAAAUCAGAGCUUGAAUCGUUUGCCUCUGAAGCUCCACCGAAACCAACAGCUUCUAAAACACCAUCCAAACAAGAAGUGCCAGUACUGAAGAAGCCUGAACCAGUAAGGAAAGAGGAGGCUGUACUGGUUUCCACUGAAAAACCAGUGGCCAAGCUGUGUGAGAAGCUACCCGAGCUAACGCCAGCCUCUACCGAGCUGCUAAAAGUAGAACUGGCUAAAAGUCUGGAGACUAAACAUGUUAAAAUCGAAGUUUCGAAGCCAGAAAUGAGCAGAAAACCUGAGAUAAAACCAGUAUCUGAGGAAUUGCCAGAAGCAGAGCCACCAAGAUCAAAACUAGAACCAAAACCGGUUCAAAUGGAACCAGUUAAAAAGCCUGAACUGGCUAAAAAAGCUGAUCCAACUAAAUCUGAACCAGUUCAGCAGCAAAAACCAUCAGAGAAAGUGGUUGCAGUUAAACCUGCCGACGUGCCAACUGAGAAAAUAAUGGUGACUAAAACUCAAAAGGAGAUGGAAAUGGCUCCGACCAGAGUCUUCACAGCUUCAACAAGAGCUGAACAAAGCCAGUAUUCAAUGGAAAUUUCUCAGAAAACUGAAGAGAUUUCAGUGAAAAUGGAAAUGAGUUUAAGAGAGGAGCUCUAUGCAGAGGAGAAUAUCGUAAAUAAACCUGUGGAAACUUCAGUAAAAGUGGUUGAAGUUAAAACUACACAAAAAACAACUGAGAAAAAACUGGAAACGACGCCUCAAAAGAAGUUGGAGAUUUCUCCUGCUAAAGUCCAUGUAGCUCCAAGUACAGAGAAAUCAUCCAUUAAAACCGAGAAGAUCGUCAUCGAGAAGCAGCUGAUCUCAGGAGAAAAGAAAAUCCAGCAUGAAAUAAAAGAAGUGAAAUUUCAACCUGAAGAAACGGUGAAGAAAGUGGUUAAAAUUAAAACUAAAACUACAGAAGCAAAACCGGAGGAAACACCUGUAGCUAAAACUGUGGCUUCAACACAAGGUAUAAACGCAUAUUUCAGAGUUAAAAUACGCCUAUAUGUGAUCAUGAUACUGCACUACACCAAUAAAACUAUUCUUAACUUCACGUUAUUAAACGAUGUUCUGCUGUCGCCAGCUCUAAAGAUAACUGAACAAAAAGCUUAUAAAAUGGAUUCGCCCAAAAAAUCUACAAAGACUGAAGUAGAAGAAGAAGAAUUUCAGAUUUUAUCUACUGAAGCUGAGGAAUUUUACAUGGAAAAUAAAGUGGUGGCUCUUGAGGAGAGAUCUGAAACAGAGCUUUCACUAAAAGAUUAUAGUUCUAUACUGAAGGAGACGAUAUCAGAGGAAGAGACGAUCCAAACUGUCUCUGAAAUCAGGAUCAAACCAGGAACCAGACUGAUGGAUCCAACAGCUCAACAGAGGAAAGACGAGAAUCUAAAACAGAAAGAGUCCAGCGUUAAGAAGGACGUUGAUUUAAAGAAAGAAAAGGAAAUUAUUCCUCCUGAAACCAAGAUUCAAAAAGUAAAACCAAAAGAGCAAGUGAAGAAAGAGCUUAAAAUGCUGGAAAAAGAGCCAACUGUGGAGAAGAUGGCAACUCCUGAGGCUCCAGCGCCAGCAGUGGCGCCAACGCCAAAAGUGGCGCCAACGCCAAAAGUGGCACCAACGCCAGCAGUGGCACCAAUGCCAGCAGUGGCACCAAUGCCAGCAGUGGCGCCAACGCCAGCAGUGGCACCAACGCCAAAAACGGCACCAAUGCCAAAAAUGGCGCCAGUUCAACCAAAAGUGUCUCCUCCACCUGGAGAACCAACUGUGGAGAAGAUUCCAACUCCUGAGGCACCAACGCCGAUAGUUACACCAACAGUGGCACCAACGCCAAUGGUGGCACCAACACCAAUGGUGGCACCAACGCCAAUGGUGGCACCAACGCCAAUAGUGGCACCAACGCCAAUGGUGGCACCUGCACCAAAAGUUGCACCAGCUCCAACAGUGGCACCAACGCCAAUGGUGGCACCUGCACCAAAAGUUGCACCAGCUCCAAAAGUUGCACCAACUCCAACAGUAUCACCAGUGCCAAAAGUUGCACCAGUUGAACCAAAAGUGUCUCCUCCACCACGAGAGCCAACAGUGGAAAAGAAGCCAACUCCCAAAGUGCCAAAGCCAACCGUGGCACCAACGCCAACAUUGGCACCAGUUGAUCAAAAAGUCUUGCCUCCUAGAGAGCCAACAGUGGAAAAGAAGCCAACUCCUGAGGCGCCAACGCCAACCGUUGCACCAACGCCAACAGUGGCACCAGUGGCACCAGAGCCAACUGUGGCACCAGUUGAACCAGUUGAACCAAAAGUGUCUCCUCCGCGAGAACCAGCUGUGGAGAAAAAGCCAACUCCAGAACCUCCAAAGCCAACAGUGGCCCCAGUUGAACAAAAACCCUCACCUCCUCGAGAGCCAACCGUGGAGAAAAAGCCAACGCCUGAAGCGCCAAAGCCAACAGUGGCGAAGGUUGAGCAAAAACCCUCACCUCCUAGAGAGCCGACGGUGGAGAAGAAGCCAUCGCCCGAAGCACCAAAACCCACAGCGGUACCAAUCCAACAAAAAGGUUCUCCUCCUCAAGAUAAAGGCCCUGUUGAAACUCCUGGACCAGUUCAGAAAGCUUUUGAAGAUUCUAGCUCCACUCGAGCGUAUCUUAAACACAAGGCCAAGAUUCACGUUGAAGAAGAAACAAAGAUGGAGACGCCAGUCUUAAAACAAGUCAGCAGAAAAUAUAAAGAGGAGGAGGAAGAGGGUACGGUUGUAUCUCUGACGACAAAAGUCAGCAAGAUUCAACAGGAAGCUUCAAUCCUUCAGAAAACUGAACAAACAGAAGGUUUUGAAAAGCAGGAAAUACGCUACUCAGAGACUUCUGUUUCUGAGUGUACCAGCAGCUACGAAAUCAUGGAGGAUGAAUCUAAGAAAUCUGAAGAAUAUCUGACAGAAAAGGAAGAGAAAUUUGUAAUUCCUGAUUCUGAAGUUCCAAGAGAUGAAAGAAAUGCAGAUUUUAAGAAAAGCAAGACGCCAAAGGAGGAAGAACCUAAGACUCCUGGCCUAACGAUCAAAAAAGGCUCAAAAAUACCGUCAACAGAGACAGAGCAGGAACCGGUUAAGCUGAAACCAGUUAAAAAACCAAGUAAACCAGAAGAUGCAGCUCCAAAGAAAGAAGAAAAAGUUUCAGAGACGAGAGGAACCACUGGUUUCCCAGCUCAGGAAAGAGUUCAACGAGAUGAACAAGCUCCAUCGGUGGAGAGAAAAGAGAAAACACCCACAAUUAAAACCGUUGAGGAAACCAAAGUGGUGCCAAAACCUGUGGUUCCACCUGAGACAAAAGUACCCAAAGACAAAACCUCCAAAGAACCAAUUAAACCCCAAAUCCCCAAAUCGAAGAGAACUCCAACCCAAGAUCAAGUAGAGGAAAAGGUUCAGCUAAAACCAUUUUCAAGAGAAUCCAAAGCUGAAGAGCCAUCAGAAAAAGCUGCCCAACCACCAACCGAAGAAACCAAAGAAUCUACGUCAGCUCAGGAGAGAGACAUCAAGUCAACGUUGAAGGAAUCAGAGGAAAAGGCAGAUAAAGAGCCUGAAAAGAAGUCUGGAAGUCAAAUCCAGCAAAAACCAAGCCCAACCAUUCCCAGUAAAGUAAAGACAGAGACCAGUCCACCAGCCCAAGAAGAGAAGAAGCCACUUGCAAUUAAAAAGGGCGGCCAUAUUGCCAAAUCACCUGAAGAAAAUAAGGAGGAGGUACUGCUGAAACCAGUAGCGUCUAAAAAGACUCCAUCACCACAGGUGGAGAAACCCACUGAAAAGAAACCAUCUCCCACUGGAAUCAGCCCAGUAAGCUCAGCAAAAAGUCCAAAAACCAGCCCAAAAGAAGACGAUAAGACAAAGACCUCAGUAAAGAAGCUCGGUGGUUCUCCACCACAGGAAACCGAAGAGGUCAAACUCAAACCGGUUGAACUUGUGAAAAAGGGAGCAGAGCUGAAGAAAACGCCGUCGCCGAAGCCCGAAGCCAUUCGAGUGGAGAAGAAGCAGAGUCUAAAAGAACCUAAAAAACUUUCGCCCAAGGAUUCAGUCGAGUCCGUCACUCUGAAAAAGGUGCCGAAGAAAGUCAUGCCCCAAGAAGACGCGCCUUCAAAACCCGAAAACGAAAAACCGUCGCUGAUGAAAGUGUUGUCGCCCGGAGCUGUGGAGCUGGAGAGGAUCCCGACUCAGCAGGAAGAGGAAGUGUUCGAGGAAGAAGCUGAUAAACAGGAAGAGGACGAUGAGGAAGCGUGGGGGUGGGAGCUCACUCCUACUGAAAGUUACGGAUCGGAAGAUUUGGGCGACUCGUUGGAGGAUGGAGCUGUUGAGACUCCGGGUGGCGUAGGUGAGAAGAAAGAUGGAAAACCAAAGGAAGAAGCCGCCCCAGGCCGAGGCCGAGGACUUAAACCAAGACAAACCCCCUCCCCCGGUGAUGCCGGACGUGGACGAGGAAAGCCCGGCGGCGGAGGAGAUAAACCUCCUGGAGACUCGCCGUUCGGUUUCCAGCUGAAGGCGGUUCCUCUGAAGUUCGUGAAGGAGCUGGAGAACAUCGUCCUGCAGGAAGCCGAGUCCAUCGGUUCCUCAGCCGUGUUCGAGUGCCAGAUUUCUCCUUCUACUGCCAUCACCACCUGGAUGAAGGACGGAAGCAACCUGAGGGAGAGUCCAAAACACAAGUUCACCUCCGACGGCAAAGACCGUAAACUGGCCAUCAUCGACGUCCAGCUGUCCGACAGAGGAGAGUACACCUGUGUAGCCAAGCUGGGAAAUAAGGAGAAGACCUCCACCGCCAAACUCAUUGUAGAAGAGUUACCUAUUAAAUUCACUAAGAAUCUGGAGGAGGAAGUGUCCGUACUCAAGGGUCAGCCCAUGUAUCUGACCUGUGAGUUGAGUAAAGAGCGAGAUGUGGUUUGGAAGAAGGAUGGAAAAGAACUGAAGGUGCUUCCUGGAAAAGUUCAGAUCAAUGUUAUUGGACUGCAGCACGCCGUCACCAUCCAGGAUGCCAACGAUAACGAUGUGGGUGUUUACACCUGCGAGUGUGAGAACCUCACAACUCAAUCCAACGUGAAAGUGAUCGAGAUCAUCAGGGACUGGUUGGUGAAGCCUCUGAGGGAUCAGCAUGUGAAACCGAAGGCCAUGGCUACCUUCAAGUGCGAGCUCGUGAAGGACACUCCCAACUGGAAGUGGUUUAAAGGAAAUGAUGAAAUUCCGAACGACCCCACAGAUAAAACCGAGGUGAAGAAGGACGGGAAGGAACUCACUUUGACCAUUAAAAACGCCCAACCCAACGACGUCGGAGAGUACGCCAUGGAAGUGGAGGGCAAACGUUACCAAGCUAAACUGACACUUGGAGAGCGUGAAGCUGAGAUCCUGAAGCCUCUGGCCAGUGUGGAGGUUGUGGAGAAAGAAGAAGCCAAGUUUGAGACUGAAAUCUCUGAAGAUGAUGUACCUGGAGAAUGGAAACUUCAAGGACAAGUUCUUACAAGAUCACCGACCUGCGACAUCAAAGCUGAGGGAGGGAAGCGAUUCCUCUCUCUGAAAAACGUUCAGCUGGACCAGGCUGGAGAAGUGACGUACCAGGCUCUGAACGCUGUGACGAGCGCUAUGCUAAAUGUGAAAGAGCUGGAGAUGGAGUUCACGACGCCGCUGAAGGAUGUUUCUGUGCCUGAGCGUAAACAGGCAAAGUUUGAGUGCUCCAUCAAUAAGGACGUUCUUAAAGUCAUGUGGUUGAAGGGUUCUGAUAUUAUAACGUCCGGAAAUAAAUACGAGAUCAUUGAUGAUGGAAAGAAACACAUUUUAAUAAUAAAUAACUCUGAGUUUGAUGAUGAGGGGGAGUACACUAUUGAGGUGUUGGGCAAAACCUCAACGGCUAAGCUAACGAUAGAGGGUAUGAGGCUGAAGUUCAUCUCAGAAUUAAAGGACAUAACAGUGAAGGAAGGUAAAACUGCUCGCUUCGAGCUCGAGCUCUCUCACGAAAACGUCCCGGUGGUUUGGUACCGAAAUGAAAUCAAAAUUCACCCGAGCAGAACUGUGGUAACUUAUACUGAAGGAGUGAAACAUAUAUUAGAAAUGAAGGAAAUCACUCUAGAUGAUACCUGCCAAAUAAAGGCAGUGGCCAGAGAGAUCACAACCAAGGCUAAGCUGCUGGUUUUAGAGGGUGACGCGGUGUUCACGGUGAAGCUGCAGGACUACACGGCGGUGGAGAAGGACGAGGUGACGCUGGACUGUGAGCUCAGUAAGGACGUCCCGGUGAAGUGGUUCCACAACGAGAUCGAGAUUAAAGCCUCUAAGAUGGUGUCGAUGAAGGUGGAGGGGAAGAGGAGGAUCCUCCAGCUGAAGAAGGUGGAGCAGAAGGAUAAGGGAAUGUAUGUGUGCGACUGUGGAACAGACAAGACGUCCGCCACCAUCAACAUCGAAGCUCGCGACAUCAAGGUGGUGCGGCCGAUGUACGGAGUGGAGCUGUUUGAUGGAGAAACUGCUCGCUUUGAAGUGGAAAUCUCUGAAGAUGACGUCCACGGACAGUGGAAACUGAAGGGAGAAGUCCUCACGCCCUCACCUGAUAUUGAGAUUAUUGAGGAUGGGGCAAAGCACACUUUGACUCUGUAUAACUGCAAAGUCAUCCAAAGUGGAGAAGUGGUUUUCCAGGGAGCGAACGCUAAAUGUGCUGCAAACCUGAAAGUGAAAGAGCUGCCCGUUUCCUUCCUGACGAGUCUGAGCGAUGUGCAAGUGUACGAGAAAGACGAGGCGAGGUUUGAGUGUGAACUCUCCAGAGAGAUUAAGACGUACCGCUGGCUGAAAGGAUCUCAGGAGCUGAAGACGGACGAGAAAUAUGAAAUCUUCAUGGAGGGAAAGAGACACUCUCUGCUGGUCAAAUCUGCAGCCUACGAGGACGAGGCCAAAUACAUUUUCGAGGCUGAGGACAAGAGAUCUACUGCUAAACUCGUCAUCCAAGGAAUUCGUCUGGAGUUCGUGAGAGCGAUUAAGGACGUGACGGUGAAGGAGCGCGAGACUGCAGAGUUCAGUAUCGAACUUUCUCACGAGAAAAUACAAGUUACCUGGUACAAAAACGACGUCCGGCUGCACCCGAGCAAAGUGGUGCACAUGUCCGAACAGGGCAAGAUCCACACGCUGUCCUUCAAGGAGGUCUCCAUCGACGACACGUCCCUCAUCAAAGUGGAAGCUCUGGGGAAAACCUCCGAGGCCAUGCUCACCGUCCUCGAGGGUGAGGCGUACUUCACCACUAAGCUGCAGGACUACACGGCGGUGGAGAAGGACGAGGUGGUGCUGAUGUGUGAACUGAGUAAAUCCUCCGCUCAGGUGAAAUGGUUUAAAGACGGUAAAGAAAUCACCCCGUCCAAAAACGUCCUGAUCAAAGCCGACGGGAAGAAGAGGAUCCUGACGGUGAAGAAGGCCGAGAAGACCAACAUCGGGGAAUACGUCUGCGACUGCGGCUCCGACAAAACUGCUGCUAGACUCAACAUCGAGGAGCGUGAUAUUAGGGUGGUGCGGCCACUGUACAGUGUGGAGGUCACUGAGACCGAAUCCGCUCGAUUUGAGACGGAGAUCUCUGAAGAAGACGUUCACGGACACUGGAAACUGAAGGGAGACGCUCUGCACCAGUCUCCUGACUGUGAGAUUAAAGAGGAAGGAACUAAACACAUUCUGAUUCUGUAUAAUGUGAGGAUGGAUAUGGCCGGAGCCGUGGACUUCAGCGCCGCUAACGCUAAAUCCAGCGCUCAGCUCAGAGUUAAAGCUCGUACGAUUGGUCUGCUGAGACCCCUCCGCGACGUCACCGUCACCGCCGGCGAGACCGCCACCUUCGACUGCGAGCUCUCGUACGAGGGCAUCGCCGUGGACUGGUUCGUCGGAUCCGCCAAGAUGGAGCCGAGCGACAGGGUGGUGACCAGAGCCGAGGGCCGGCUGCACAGUCUGACCGUGAGAAACGUGAACAUGGCAGAAGCUGGAAACGUUAAACUCACCGCCAAGGACUUCCAGACCCAGGCCAAACUCAUCGUCAACGAGCCUCCGGUUGAAUUCACCAAACCCCUGGAGGAUCAGACGGUGGAGGAGGAGGCCACGGCGGUUCUGGAGUGUGAGGUAUCCAGGGAGAAGGCGGAGGUCAGAUGGUUGCGUGACGGACAGGAGAUCCGUAAGACUAAGAAGUACGAGAUGGUGGCUGAGGGCUGCAAGAGGAAGCUGAUCAUUAAGGACUGCAGUCUGGACGAUUCCAAAACCUACACCUGCGACGCCAAAGAGUACAAAACCUCCGCCUUCCUCAACGUCGAGCCUCCGCAUGUUGAGUUCAGUAAACCUCUUCAUGAUGUCGAGGUCAAGGAGAAAGAGUCUGCCAAGUUUGAAUGUGAAGUUUCCCGUGAAAGUGCCAAGGUCCGAUGGUAUAAGGAUGGCAUUGAGAUUAGAAAGGGUAAGAAAUACGAGAUCAUUGCGAAGGGAGUUCAGCGUAUUCUCAUCAUCAGUAAAUCCGUGUUUGAUGAUGAGGCUGAAUACGAAUGUGACGCAAGGACCUCCAAAUCCUCCGGCAUGCUGACCGUCGUCGAGGAGGAGGCCAGAUUCACCAAGAACCUCUCCAACGUGGAGGGAACUGAAACCGACAGCGUUAAGCUGAUCUGCGAGGUCUCCAAACCCAGUGCAGAGGUCACAUGGUACAAAGGAGAGCAGGAACUUCCUGAAGCAGGACGAUACGAACACAUCGCAGACGGCAGGAAGAGAGUCCUGAUCAUCCAGGACCUUCGUAUGGACGAUGCUGGAGAAUACCACUGCAAACUGCCCAAAUCAGAGACCACAGCAGCACUGAAGAUCAGUGAGCUGGCGGCGGAGUUCAUCGCCCGGCCGCAGAGUCAGGAGGCGGUGGAGGGGGAUAAGGCGGAGUUCGUGUGCUCGGUGUCUAAAGAGACGUACGAGGUUAAGUGGUUUAGAGGAGAUACGGAGCUCCAGACCGGAGAGAAGUACCAGAUCGUCAGCGAUGGGAAGAGAAGAGCUCUGAUCGUGAAGAACUGCGAGAUGAAGGACGAGGGAGCCUUCACCGCCUGCAUCGGUUCCGUCAAAGCCUCCGCCAACCUGGCCGUGAUCGAAAAACUUAGGAUCAUCACUCCAAUUAAGGACAUGGAGAUGAAGGAAGGGCAGGAGAUCGUUCUGAACUGCGAGGUGAAUUCUGAGGGGGCGAAGGCUAAGUGGAUGAAGAAUGAAGAAACCAUGUUUGAAAGUAGUAAAUUCGUGAUGGUCCAGAGAGACACGGUUUUCUCUCUGAGGAUCAAAGCUGCUGAGAAAUCAGACGAGGGAACGUACACCAUCAAUCUGACCAAUCAGCGCGGAGAACAGGCCAAGUGUUCCGCCAGAGUCGGCGUACUGGAGGAGGCGCUGAUGAUCAUCGAGCCGCUGGAGGACUGUGAGACGGAGGAGAAGAAGACGAUCAGUUUCAGCUGUAAGGUGAACCGGCCGAACAUUACGGUUCAGUGGCUGAAGGCGGGGCAGGAGAUCAGCUUCAGUAAACGCGUGGUUUACCGCGCCGACAAGAACAAGCACACCCUGACCGUUAAAGACUGCAGCAUGGAGGACGAGGGCGAGUACACCGCCGUCGCCGGAUCCAGCAAGUCCUCCGCCGAGCUCAUCAUCAGCGAAGCUCCCACAGACUUCACCGCCCAGCUCCGAGACCAGACCGUCACCGAGUUCGAGGACGCAGAGUUCACCUGCAAGGUCUCCAAAGAGAAAGGCUCGGUUAAAUGGUACAGAAACGGCCGAGAAAUCAGAGAAGGACCCAGAUAUCAUAUGGAAAAAGAUGGAAAGACAUGCACACUGUAUAUUAAGGAGUGCAGACCUGAUGAUGAGUGUGAAUAUGCCUGUGGAAUAGACGACAGAAGGUCCAGGGCUCGGCUUUUCGUUGAAGAGACCCCCGUGGAGAUCGUCAGACCUCCUACAGACGUGUUCGAGCCUCCAGGCUCUGAUGUUGUGUUCGAGGCCGAGCUGAAUAAGGACAGAGUGGAGGUUAAAUGGAUGAGAAACAACAUGAUCAUCAUGCAGGGAGAUAAAUAUCAGAUGAUCAGUGAGGGGAAAAUCCACCGUCUGCAGGUGUGUGAGAUCAGACCUCGAGAUCAGGGCGAGUACAGAGUCGUCGCCAAGGAUAAAGACGCCCGCGCCAAACUGGAGCUCGCAGCCGUGCCGAAGAUCAAAACCACAGAUCAGAACCUGGUGACCGACGCCGGGAAGCCGUUCGUGAUGACGAUCCCCUACGACGCUUAUCCUCGCGCCGAGGCCGAGUGGUUCUACAGUGAAAUCAGCCUCCCGGUGCAGAACAUCGACACGUCCACCGACAAGACCGAGUACAGACUGAAGGACCCCAAGAAGUCCGACCAGGGCCGGUACAAAAUCAUCAUCAAGAACAAACACGGCCAGGGAGAGGCCUUCAUCAACCUGGAUGUUAUCGAUGUUCCUGGUCCGGUGAAGAACCUGAGAGUGGUGGACACGGCGGACGGUGAGGUCAGUCUGGCGUGGGACGAGCCGGAGAGCGACGGCGGCAGUAAGAUCCUGGCGUACGUGGUGGAGAGACGAGACGUCAAGCGCAAGUCCUGGACUCUGGCCACCGACCGGGCCGAUAUUCCAGAGUACUGCGUCGGAGGACUGCAGAAGGACAACAUGUACUUCUUCAGAGUCUGCGCUCGCAACAGAGUCGGCAACGGAGAACCCGUCGCCACUGACGAAGCCGUCCAGGCCAAGAACAAAUUCAACGUACCUGACGCUCCCCAGAACGUCGCGGUAAAAACCGUCAACAGGUUUGGCGCCACCCUGAUCUGGGAGCCUCCUCUGUCUGACGGCGGAUCUGAAAUCACUUCCUACAUCAUCGAGCUGCGAGACCGCACCUCCGUGAAGUGGGAGGCAGCCAUGGUGGUGCGAGCUCAGGACCUCACGGCGGUUCUGAACGACGUCGUUGAGAAUAAGGAGUACAUCUUCCGCAUUAGAGCCGAGAACAAGGCUGGAGUCGGCAUGCCGAGCGCCGCCACCGACCCCGUCAAGAUCAUGGAUCCAAUCGAGCCUCCAAGCCCCCCACUGAACUUCAACUACACCAACGCGAGCCGAGACUCGGUUCAGCUGACCUGGGAGACGCCCCUCAGUAACGGCGGCAGCAUGAUCACCGGAUACAUCAUCGAGAAAUGUGAAGACGGACUCUACAACUGGCUGAGAUGCAACGCCCGGCUCUGCCCAGACCUUUACUACAGGGUUUCUGGUCUGAAGUUCGGUCAGAAAUAUCAUUAUAGAGUUUCUGCAGAAAACGCAGCCGGAGUUUCUGAUCCAUCUGAACAGGUCGGACCCCUGCUGGCUGAUGACCCACAUGUUGGUCCUACAAUGGAUCUGAGUGGAUUUAAGGACGGGCUGGAGGUCAUCGUACCCAACGCUCUGACCAUCCGCGUGCCCAUCACCGGAUACCCCACCCCCAAACCCAGGUGGGUAUUUGGAGAGAAGGAGCUCGUCGCUGGAGAUCGGGUGUCGAUGGUCACCAAACCCACCUUCACCGAGCUGAUCAUCGCCCCGAGCGUCCGUCCCGACAAGGGCACCUACACCCUGCACCUGACCAACGACGUCACCACCGUCUCCGGAGAGAUCGACGUCAACGUCAUCGCAUCUCCGAGCGCACCGAAGGACUUUAAGGUAGCGGAGGUGACCCGUCACCACGUCCACCUCAUGUGGGAGGCGCCGGAGCACGACGGAGGAAGCCCUGUGAUUGGCUACAAUAUCGAGAAGAGGGAGGUGUCUCGUAAGACCUGGGUUAAGGUGAUGUCAGGUGUGCAGGAUCUGGAGUACACCGUGACGGACGUUAUCGAGGGAAAGGAGUACCUGUUCAGCGUAACGGCCUGUAAUAAGUGCGGACCUGGAGAACCGGCUUAUAUUGAAGAUCCAGUGAACGUAUCUUCUCCAGCCACUGUUCCAGAUCCACCAGAGAAUCUGAAAUGGAGAGAUAAAUCUGCGAAGGGGAUCUUCCUGCUCUGGGAGCCGCCCCGAUACGACGGUGGAGCUCCGAUUAAAGGAUACGUGGUGGAUAAGUGCCAGCGUGGCACCGACAAAUGGGAGGCCUGUGGAGAACCCAUGCCCGAGCUGAAGUUCCAGGUGACUGGUCUGAUUGAGGGGCAGUGGUACGCUUACCGAGUGCGGGCGGUUAACAGACUCGGCGCCAGUCGCCCGUGCAAAGCUACUGACGAGAUCCUCGCAGUAGAUCCUAAAGAGGCUCCGGUGAUAGAGCUGGACGCUAAGCUGUUGGCCGGCCUGACGGCGAAGGCCGGCACCAAGAUCGACCUUCCGGCCGACGUUCUGGGAAAACCUGAGCCGAGGGUGAAGUGGACGAAGGCCGACCUCGUCCUCAAACCCGACGAGAGAAUCACCAUCGACACCAAACCCGGACACUCCACCCUGUCCAUCACCAAAACCACCCGCUCCGACACCGCCACCUACAUCAUCGAGGCCGUCAACACCUGCGGCCGCGCCACGGCAACCGUCGACGUCAACAUCCUCGAUAAGCCCGGUCCUCCGGCUGCUUUCGAUAUUUCUGAAAUUACGAACGAGUCGUGCUGUCUGGCCUGGAACGCUCCCCGAGACGACGGCGGCUCUCAAAUCACCAACUACAUCGUGGAAAUGAGACCCCUGGAGAAAGAGGAGUGGCAGAAACUCUCGGCCACCGUUAAACAGACCAUGUUUAAAGCCUGUAAACUGACGGCGCUGAAGGAGUACGUCUUCAGAGUCUCCGCUGAGAACCAGUACGGCAUCGGUACUCCGGCAGAACACGUCCCCAUCGUCGCCAAGUACGCCUUCGAUCCUCCUGGAGCUCCAACCAGAGUAACUCCCUCCGAUAUCGCUAAAGACGCCGUGACUCUGAACUGGUACGAGCCGGACGAGGACGGCGGAAGCCCCAUCACCGGAUACUGGGUCGAGAGAUUCGAUCCAGAAAGUGACAAAUGGAUCAAAUGCAACAAAGUUCCCGUUAAAGACACGAACCUCAGAGUGAGGGGUCUGCCCACUAAGAAGAAGUGCCGGUUCAGAGUUCUGGCUGAGAAUCUGGCCGGACUCGGAAAACCGAGUGCCGAGACCGAUCCUGUUAUGAUCAAAGAUCCAAUCGAUCCUCCAUGGGCUCCCGGUAAACCGUUCAUCAAGGACACAGCGAAGACGUCCAUCUCCCUGCAGUGGACGAGACCCGAGCACGACGGCGGCGCGAAGAUCGAGUCGUACAUCGUGGAGCUGCAGAAGAGCGGGACGGAGGAGUGGGUCCGAGUGGCCGAGGACGUCCCCACCACCGAGUACGUGGUGCCGGGUCUGAUGGAGAAGCAGGAGUACUCGUUCAGAGUUAAAGCCGUAAACGUCGCCGGAGAGAGCGACGCCAGCGACCCCAGCGACCCCGUCGUCUGCAAAGAGCGACUCUAUCCCCCGUCUCCGCCGCGCUGGCUGGAGGUGGUGAACAUCUCGAAGAUCGAUUGUGAGCUGAAGUGGACGGAGCCGGACAGCGACGGCGGGUCUCCCAUCACCAACUACGUGGUGGAGAAGCGGGACGUGCGGCGCUGGAGCUGGCAGACGGUGGACACCACGGUGAAGGAGACACGGUACACGGUGACGCCGCUGAACGAGGGGACGCUGUACGUCUUCCGCGUGGCGGCGCAGAACGCCGUCGGGAUCAGCGACUUCCUGGAGAUGGAGGACUCCGUUCUGGCCAAGGACACGUUCACCACUCCCGGACCCCCGUACGCUCUGACCGUGGUGGAAGUCUCCAAGAGACACGUGGAGCUGAAGUGGGAGGCUCCCAAGAGCGACGGCGGACGACCAAUCACAAAGUACGUUAUAGAGAAGAAGGAGAAGGUGGGAACUCGCUGGUUAAAGUCCGGUAAAACCGCAGGUCCGGAGUGUAAGUACCGCGUCACUGAUGUGGACGAAGGUACCGAGGUUCAGUUCCAGGUCCGAGCCGAGAACGAGGCCGGAGUCGGACACCCGAGCGAACCCACCGACAUCAUCACUAUCGAGGAUCCCAUCAGUCCUCCCUCUCCUCCGAUCGAGGUGAAGAUCGUCGACGCCUCCAGAGAGCACAUCAACAUCACGUGGAAAGCUCCGGAGAAGAACGGCGGCAGCCCGGUGACCGGCUACCACGUGGAGCUGGCCGAGGCCGACACCGAGAAGUGGAUGAGGAUCAACGCUCGACCAAUCAGAGAGCUCAAAUUCAAAGCAGAAGACGGCAUCAUCCCCGAGAAACAGUACGUCCUCAGAGUUCGCGCCAUCAACGCCAUCGGCGUCAGCGACCCGUCCGACAUCUCCGACAAGGUCUUCGCCAAAGACCCCGACUGCGCUCCGACUAUAGACGUGCAGGCGGAGGACGUGGUGGUGGUGGAGGGGGAGAAGCUGUAUCUGAAGGUCCCGUACAGAGCGAUCCCGAAGCCGGCGAUGGUUUGGAAGAAGGGCGAGACGGAGCUGAAGACCGAGGACAGACUGACGCUCACCUGCGAGCUCAACAGCAUUCACCUGGAGCUCCUGAAGUGCAAACACGAGGACGCCGGCAUCUACACCGUCACCCUGGAGAACAGCCUGGGAUCCGUCACCGGAACCGUCAACGUUAAAGUCAUCGGUCUUCCUGGACAGUGUAAGGAGAUCACUCCCAGCGAGGUCACUAAGAGCUCCUGCAAGAUCUCGUGGCAGCCGCCCGAGAGCGACGGCGGCAGCCCGAUCCUGCACUACGUUCUGGAGCGCCGGGAGGCUCAGAAGAAGACCUUCCUGCCGGUGAUGUCCGGAGUCAACGUUCUGGAGUUCGUGGUGAAGGACCUGAUGCUGAACGGGGAAUAUUACUUCAGAGUGAAGGCUGUGAACAGAAUCGGAGCCGGAGAAUAUCUGGAUCUCCGCAACCCUGUUCUCACAGAGGAGCAGAAACAGCGACCCGACCCGCCGGUGGAAGUCGAGGGACAGAACCCCACCAGUACCUCCAUCACCGUUACCUGGAAGGCUCCACCGUCCGACGGCGGUUGCCCGAUCACCGGCUACAUCAUCGAGAAGAUCGAGAAGGACGGAGACCGGUUUGAGAAGUGUGUUCCAAACCUGGUUCCCGGGUUCUCCUACACCGUCACGGGCCUGACCGAGGGCAAGGAGUACCAGUUCCGCGUUCGUGCCGAGAACGUCGCCGGAGAGAGCGACCCCUCCCGCAGUACUCCACUCAUUAAAGCUGCUGAUCCCGUCGAUCCUCCGAAGGUGUCUCUGCACCUCCGCAUCGCGUCCGGCCUCAGCGUCCGGAAGGGCGAGGAGAUCCGAGUGGACGCCCACAUCUCCGGAUCUCCGUAUCCCACCGUCAGCUGGUUCAGGAAUGAGGAGAACGUCCUGAAAAUCGCCAAGAAGAAGCCGGAGCCCGUCGUCAGGAAGAAGAAGACCAAAGCUACUCACCCCGAACCCGAGGAGGAGUUCCACCCCCCGCUCCCCGACCGCCUGUCCUUCGACCAGAGCAAGAGAGGAGAGACGGCGCUGAUGAUCCGAGACGCCAUCAGAACCGACCACGGCGUUUUCACCAUCAGAGUGGAGAACGCCCACGGGUUCGCCACCGCGUCCUGCGACGUCAACGUGCUCGAUAAGCCCGGUCCUCCAGUGAACUUCACGUUUGAGGACAUCAGGAAUACCUCGGUGACCUGUCUGUGGGACGCUCCUCUGGACGACGGCGGCAGUGAGAUCAUUAACUACAUCCUGGAGAAGAAGGACAACACCACCGACGAGAUCGGCUGGGUCACCGUCACCUCCACCCACAAGGGAUACAACUACCCCGUCACCAAACUGAUCGAGGGGAAGCAGUACAUCUUCAGAGUCACGGCCGAGAACAAGUUCGGCUGCGGACCGCCGUGCUACUCCGAGCCCCUGCUCGCCAAGAACCAAUUCGAUCCUCCUGAUGCUCCGAACAUGCCGAGAGUGGGAGAAGUCACCUCCAGCACCGUGGCUCUCUCCUGGCACGAGCCUAAAGACAACGGCAGCCCCAUCCUGGGCUACUGGAUCGAGAGACGCGAGGUCAACAGCAAGUACUGGACCAGAGUCAACCGGAACCUGCUCAGCUCUCUGGCCGUUAAGGUGGAGGGUCUGAUGGAGGGGCUGGUUUAUGUCUUCAGGGUCUGCGCUGAGAAUCUGGCCGGACCCGGUGAAUUCAGCGUCCCCACCGACCCCGUCACUGCCAUGGAUGCCAUCUUGCCGCCCGGUCCCCCAACGCCGCGUAUCGUGGACACCACCAACUCUACAGUGGACAUCGCCUGGGUUCCUCCUCUGUAUAACGGCGGGGGGGAUAUCCUGGGGUAUCAUGUGGAGAGGUGCAUUGUGGGAGAGAAGGACUGGGUGCGCAGUACUGAGUUCAGGUGUAAGGAGUGUAAGUACACUCUGACCGGCCUGACGGAGGGAGCGGAUUACUACAUCCGGGUCUACGCCGUCAACGAGGCCGGACACGGAGUCCCGGGGAUGACCGAACCGGUUCAAGUUAAAGAACCCGAGCUGGCUCCGGGAGUGGAGUUUGAUAUCUCGGUGAGGAACGGUGUUAUUAUUAAGGCUGGAGAGACUCUGAGGGUGCCGGCGUUCGUGGUCGGCAGGCCGGUUCCGGAGGUGAAGUGGAGUAAAGACGACGCUGAGCCGGAUCAGGAGCGCGUGGUGAUCGAGACGGUGGGGAAGUGCAGCACUCUGAGCAUCAAGAACGCUCUGAGAACCGACCACGGCAAAUACCAGAUCACCGGAACCAACACCAGCGGAACCAAAUCCGCCUUCAUCAAAGUGGACGUGAUGGAUGUUCCCGGACCCGUGGUGGAUCUGAAAACUGUUCACGUCAGUAAGAAGAUGAUCUCCCUCACCUGGGCGGAUCCUGUGGAUAACGGUGGAAGUGAUAUUAUGGGAUACGUGGUGGAGAGAAAGGAUGCUAAGAUGCACAUCUACAGGCAGCCUCUGGAGACGGCGUCCUGUAAGUGUGAUAUCGUGGGUCUGCUGGUGGGAGAGGAGUACAUGUUCAGAGUCAUCGCCAGGAACAAGUUCGGACUCGGAGCUCCGGUGGAACUCGGACCGGUUCUGGCUGUGGAUCCGCUAGGAGUCCCGUCUGCCCCGGAGAAGCUGCACUACACCUCCAGAACGAAGAACACCAUCACGCUGGCCUGGCAGCCGCCCCGCAGCGACGGAGGCUCUCCGCUCAGAGGAUACUACGUAGAGAAGAUGCGGCAGGACAGCGACGAGUACGACGUGGCCAACCGGCAGAUCUGUAAAGAUCUCAGCAUCACGCUGGAGAACCUGAACGAGAACAUGAUGUACGACUUCAGAGUGAAGGCCGUCAACGAGGUCGGAGACGGAGAACCCUGCAAACCCAUCAACGUGCACAUCCAGGACGACGAGCUUUCUCCGAGCGUGACUCUGAUGAAGUACAUUAAGAGUAACACCAUCACGGUGAGGAAAGGAGCGGCGAUCGAUAUCCCGGCCGAGAUCGUGGGUCUCCCGCUGCCCACGUUCGAGUGGACGAAGAACGGAACGGUUCUAGAUAAACCCACCGAGACCAUGAGCCUCGAGUCCGAGGAGAUCAACCGGCAGACCAUCAACACCAAAAUCACCAUCCCCGAGACCGUGAGAGCAGAUACCGGAUCCUACAGACUCGCCGCCACCAACGUCCACGGAACCGGCCAGCUCACCGUCCGCGUCGAGAUCCUCGAUCGUCCUCUGCCGCCGCGGAACAUCGUGGUGUCUGAUAUUAAAGCCGAGUCCUGUUAUCUGACCUGGGACGCUCCGGAGGACAACGGAGGAAGUGAACUCACCAAUUACAUCAUAGAGAAAAGAGACGCCAGUAAGAAGAAGUCAGACUGGGAUCAGCUGACCUGCUGCAUCCUGGACCGACGCUACGGGGUGUAUAAACUGGAGGCUUAUGGGACGUACCAGUUCCAGAUUAAAGCUGAGAAUAAGUAUGGAGUGAGUGACGGGUGUGAAUCUGAGAAAGUGGUUCUGAAGGAUCCGUUCGGUCUUCCAGGACCGCCUCAGAGACCCAGAAUCAUCGGCCACACCCGCUCCUCCAUGCUGGUCACCUGGGAACCUCCCAAAGACAACGGCGGCUCCACCAUCCAGGGCUACUGGCUGGAGAAGAGGGAGCGUGGAGCGGUGUACUGGAGCCGGGUUAACCGUGCCCCCGUCACCAAGCCGGCGGUGAAGGGUCUGGAGUAUAACGUCCUGCGUCUGAUGGAGGGAGCCGAGUACCAGUUCCGCGUGAUGGCCCAGAACGCCGCCGGCAUCGGGCCGCCCAGCGAAGCCACCGAGUGCGUGUUCGCCCACGACCCGAGACAUCCUCCGAGUCAGCCUGCCGCUCCAGUCGUGACGGAUAAGACCUCCAGCAGCGUGACGCUGGCCUGGACUCCGCCCGAUAAGGAUGGAGGAAGCCCGAUUAAGGGUUACGUGGUGGAGGUUCAGGAUGAGGGGAUGCUGGAAUGGAGGAGAGUGAAUCAGCCGGAUAAACCCAUCCUCUCCACCUCCUACACCGUACCCAACCUGAAGGAGAACAAGAAGUGCAGGUUCAGGAUCGUCGCUCUGAACGCCGCCGGAGAGUCCGAACCCAGUCCCAGAACCUCAGACACCAUCGUCAAGGACAUCCUGGAGGAUCCGGUGAUCACUCUGGGAGUGAAGGCUCAGGAUCUGCUGUGCUGCCGCGCCGGAUCAACCGUUAAAAUCCCAGCAACCAUCACCGGCAGACCCCUCCCCACCAUCACCUGGGAGUUCGAUGGAGCCGCGGAAACAGAGAAGAAGAACGAGAGACACACCCUCCCAGUGGAUUCAGAGAUCUCUUCCACUGAUAACACGUCUGAAGUCCUGAUCCCCGAGAGUAAGAUCAGCCACAGCGGCCGCUACAUCAUCACCGCCUCCAACCAGGCCUCCACCAAAGUGGUGAAAGUCCGGGUGACAGUUCUCGAUUUACCUGGACCUCCGAAGGACCUGAAGAUCUCAGACAUCACGCGGAGCACCUGCCGGCUGACGUGGAAGCCGCCGGAUAACGACGGCGGCGAGAGAAUUAAGAGCUACUUCAUCGAGAAGAAGACGGUGGAGGGAAAAGCCUGGACCAAGGUGAACCCCGCCUGCGCCAGCCAAUCACUGGUCGUCCCCGACCUGAUCGAGGGGCAGGACUACCUGUUCCGCAUCCGAGCCGAGAACCGGUUCGGCAUGGGCCCGGCGCUCGAGACCUUCCAGAGAACCAGAGCCAAAGACCCCAUCCAUCCCCCCGACGCUCCGACGCGGGUGAAGAUCGUGGACGUGUCGAAGGGAAGCGUGAGUCUCACGUGGAAGCCGCCGAAGAACGACGGCGGGUCUCCGGUGACGCACUACAUCGUGGAGCGGCUGUGGUGGGACGCCAGCGGGGAGCAGAAGGAGUCGUGGAGGCAGUGCAACCGGCGGGACAUCGACACCACCAGCUUCAGGGUGGAGGAUCUGCACGAGGGGGCGGAGUACGAGUUCAGAGUGAAGGCUGUAAACGAAAUCGGAGCCAGCAGACCCUCCUCUACUGCUGGACCAAUCAUCAUCAAGGACCAGACAAGAGCUCCUGUGAUAGAGCUGGAGGAGUUUAUGGAAGCUGAACAGGGGUCUGAUAUCAGCAUCAUCGCUAAGAUUAAGGGAUGCCCGUUCCCCACCCUCACCUGGCAGAAAGCUCCGCCCCACAAGAGCGAGAAUAAGGUGGAGGUGGUUUAUGAUGAGCACAUUAAUAAGCUGGUGUCGGACGAUAGCUGCACCCUGCUGAUCCAGCAGAGCAAACGCGGCGACACCGGCCUCUACACCCUCACCGCCACCAACAGCCUCGGCUCCGCCUCCAAGGAGAUGAGGCUCAACGUCCUCGGACUUCCUGGACCUCCUUCUGGACCAAUCAAAUUCGAGGAGAUCCACUCUGAAGCGAUCACGCUGUCUUGGCUGCCUCCAAUUGAUGACGGCGGCUCCAAAAUCACCAACUACACCAUCGAGAGACGCGUGGUCAGCAGGAAGACCUGGAUUCCGAUCCCGGGUGCUCCUAAAGAACGCCUCUUUACAGCGGAGAACCUGAUGCCGGGACACGAGUACAUUUUCCGGGUCAGAGCUCAGAACAAAUACGGUGUAGGAGAUCCUCUGGACAGCACGCCGGAGGUGGCUAGAGACGUUUUCACUGUUCCUGGUCAGUGUGAGAAGCCCACUCUCUCCAGUGUCACUCUGGACUCCAUGACGGUGAACUGGGAGGAGCCUGAAUCAGACGGAGGAAGUCCGAUUAUCGGUUAUUGGCUGGAGCGUAAAGAGACCACGUCCAAACGCUGGAAUAAAGUAACUCGAGACCCCAUAAAGCCCAUGCCCCUGGGCGUGUCCCACAGCGUGACCGGGCUGAUCGAGGGAUCUCAGUACCUGUUCCGGGUCACCGCCAUCAACGCCGCCGGAUGUGGACCUCCCAGCCUGCCGUCCGACCCCACCUUCGCCAGGGAUCCAAUCGCUCCUCCUUCACCACCAACCCCUAAAGUUACUGAUUGGACGAAGAGCACCGCUGAUCUGGAGUGGAUCCCACCCCUGAAAGACGGCGGCUCCAAGAUCAUGGGUUACUACGUAGAGUACAAAGAGGAGGGAACUGAAGCCUGGGUGAAGGCUAAAGAAACUGAGAUCAGAGGAACGAAAUUUGUCGUCUCUGGAUUGAAAGAGAACGGAUUUUAUAAGUUCAGAGUUUUGGCCUUCAACGCUGCUGGACUGAGCGAGCCAGGAGAGGUGGCUGAUGUUCUGGAGAUGAAAGAUAAAAUAAUCGCUCCGGUGUUGGAGCUGGACGUGUCGAUGAAGGAGAGGAUGGUGGUUCACGCGGGUGGAGUUAUCCGCCUUAUCGCCUACGUAUCCGGCCAGCCCACCCCAGCCAUCACCUGGACCCGGGACGACGGCGCGCUGCCCCCGGAGGCCGUGGUGGAGAACACCUCCAUCAGCACCUCGCUGGUGAUUAAAAACUGCACCAGGAAACAGCAGGGAGUUUACAGCCUGACCGCCGCGAACGCCGGCGGAGAGUCCAAGAGAUCCGUCAUCGUAGACGUUCUGGACGUUCCCGGUGCAGUGGGCGUUCCUUUCGCUGCUGAAAAUCUGAACAUUGAUUCCUGUAAGCUGACCUGGUUCUUCCCUGAGGAUGAAGGCGGUUCUCCGAUCUCUAACUUCAUCAUAGAGAAGCGAGAGGCGGAGCGUAAGGCGUGGACGGCGUGCUGCUACAGCGCCGCGCGGCAGAGCGGAGUCGUCAGUAAUCUGACUUUAGGAAAAGCCUAUUUCUUCAGAGUCGCCGCCGAGAACGCCGUCGGAGUCGGACCCUUCCGCGAAACCGCCUGCGAAAUCAUCGUCCAGGAACGCCUCAGUGUUCCUGAUCGUCCGGAGGAGAUCGAGGUCACGGCUGUAACUAAAGACUACAUCAGCGUGACCUGGAAGCCCCCGAAGAGCGACGGCGGCAGUGAGGUCACCUCCUACGUCCUGGAGGCUCGUCCAAUCGGAAAGGACAAGUUCGUGAGACUGACGAAGGAGCGCCUGAUGGACCGGAGGUUCACGUACGACGGUCUCCGUGAGGGCGAGACUUACGAGUUCCGCGUGAGCGCCGUUAACGAGAUCGGUCAGGGCAAACCGUCCUUCAGCACCAAACCAAUCACCUGCAGGGACGAGCUCGAACCUCCUACGAUCGAGCUGGAUUUCCGUGAUAAGGUGAUAAUCCGCGUGGGCGAGAGCUUCGCUCUUCAGGGACGCUACACAGGUAAACCGGCUCCCUCCAUCACCUGGACCCGAGACGACGAGGAGCUGAAAGCAGAUCAGCACAUCCAGUUCAAGAACACGUUAACCACCAUGUGCCUGGGCAUCAUCAAGGCUCAGCGCAGGCACAGCGGGCGCUACUGCGUCACCGUGGAGAACUGCACCGGCGCCCGCAAGGGCGUCUGCAACGUCACCGUGGUCGAUCGCCCGUUGCCGCCGGAGGGUCCGGUGGUCUUCGAGGAAGUUCACAGGGAUCACAUGGUCAUUUCCUGGAAGCCUCCUCUCGAUAACGGCGGAUGUGAAAUUUCCAACUACAUCAUCGAGAAGAGAGACACCAACAGGGACAUGUGGACGACCGUAACGUCCGCCACCACCAAGACCACCUGCAAAGUGCCGAAGCUGACGGAGGGCCGUGAGUACAUCAUGAGGAUCAGCGCCGAGAACAUGUACGGCAUCAGCGAGCCGCUGGAGUCGGAGGAAAUGAAGGCUAAAGACCGAUUCCGCGUACCCGAGGCGCCGGAGCAGCCGACGGUUAAAGAAGUGUACCACGACUCGGCCAUGGUGUUCUGGAACCGCCCUCGCGACGGAGGCAAACCAAUCACCAACUACAUCCUGGAGAAGAAGGAGCCCUCGGCCAAGAGAUGGUCCCGAGUCACCAGAGACACCAUCUACCCCGCCACCCAGUACAAAGUGCUGGAGCUCACCGAGGGGUGUGAAUACGAAUUCCGCGUAACCGCGGAGAACGAGAUCGGUACCGGAGACCCCAGUCCUGCAUCCAAACCCAUUCUCGCCAAGGAUCCCAUCGUUCUGCCCAGUCCUCCGGUGCUGCCGGAGGCCGUCGAUAAGACCAAGGAUUCGGUGAGUCUGAAGUGGCGCGUUCCUCGCCACGACGGCAAAGGAAAAAUCUUCGGUUAUCUGAUUGAGUAUCAGAAACCCGGAGCGAUCGAGUGGAUCCCGGCCAAUGAGACGCCGGAGUCGUGCCCAGACACCAACUACGUGGUGAAGAACCUCCCCGAGGGCGGAGAAUUCACCUUCAGGAUCAUGGCGGUGAACGCGGCGGGAAAAUCCGAACCUGCUUACGUUAAAGAACCGGUUAAAGUUCACGACAGACUCGAGGAACCGGAGCUGCUGCUGGAUGCUAACAUGGCGCGGGAUCAUCUGGCCAUGAUCGGAACCGAUAUCACGCUGAGCGCUAAGAUCAAAGGCAUGCCGAUCCCCACCGUGUCCUGGAAGAAGAACGAUGGAGAUGUUCCCGCUCACUGUCUUCUCGAGGUCACGGCGAGCGGCAGCAAACUGCACAUGAAGAAGAGCACUCGCGCCGACUGCGGCAAUUACACCAUCACCAUCCAGAACGCCGCCGGAACCAAAACCGCUACCUGCACCGUGCUCGUUCUCGAUAAGCCGAAGCCGCCGCGUAACCUGACGAUCUCUGAGGUGACGAGUGAGUCGGCGUAUCUGACGUGGCAGAAGCCGGAGGACGACGGUGGAGCCGUUAUCUCUCACUACGUGGUGGAGAAGAAGGACGUAGCGGCGGAGAAAUGGGUCCCGGUUAGCGCUUCCUGUAAAAAGCUGAGUCUGAUGGCUCUGUACCUGAUGGAGGGAACUCAGUACCUGUUCCGCGUCGCCGCCGAGAAUCAGUUUGGCAGGAGCGCUUACGUAGAAACCAACAAACCCGUCAAAGCUGUGGAUCCUCUGUAUCCUCCUGGCCCUCCCAAGAACCUGCACCAUGUAGAUGCCGAGAAAACUGAAGUAUGGCUGGCGUGGGAGUGGCCUGAACGCACCGGAGGAAGUGAGGUCACCGGAUUCAUUGUUGAGUAUCAGGAGGAUGGAGCCACUGACUGGGUUUCCUUCAAAACCGUCAGUAAUCCUCACUGUCACGUCACUGGACUGGUAGAAGGAAAGACCUACAGAUUCCGUGUAAAAUCACAGAACGCCAUUGGCAUUAGCCGCCCGGACACCAGCAUACCGAUUACCUGCCAGGAGAAGACCUUGGCGCCUUCUAUCGAAGUUGACGUGAAGCUUAUUGAGGGUCUGAUUGUAAAAGCUGGAACUACCAUCGUUCUUCCCGCUGUCAUGAAAGGAAUACCAGUCCCAACCGCCAAGUGGCUUAGUGACGGAAACGAGCUCAAAACCGAGGGCAAAUUCAAGGUUGAAACUGAAGGAACUUCAACGGUUCUAAGCAUCAGCGAAUGUGCCAGAACAGACGGUGGAGAAUACAUCCUUACCGUCGCAAAUCCUGCCGGAAGCAAGUCGGUCGCUCUUCACUUAACCGUACUCGAUCUCCCAGGCCCUCCGAUCGGCCCUGUCAACAUCCUCGAAGUUACGCCCGACCACAUGGUCAUCCAGUGGCGUGCACCCAAAGACGACGGCGGUACGCCGCUGAUGAAUUACGUCAUUGAGAAGAAGGACGUCAAGAAGCCUUGGGAGCCGUGGUCGGUCGUGAGCUCCGGAAGCUUAAGCACACAAGCCAAGGUUCCACGUCUAGAGAAGGGUCGUGAAUACGUCGUACGCAUUCGUGCUGAGAACAAAAUUGGCAUCGGUGCCGCUCUCGAAAGUCCUCCAACUAUUGCUAAGCAUAUGUUCGAUCCACCAGGUCCUCCCGGGGCACCAUCAUGCUCUGAUGUAACUGAGAACGCCACGACCGUUUCCUGGGAGGCACCAGAAACCGAUGGUGGAAGUCCAGUCAGCGGUUACAUCGUUGAACGUAGGGAGAUGACCGGUAAAUGGAUCCGUGUGAACAAAACACCAGUCCUGGAUCUGAGAUACCGCGUCGCAGGACUCUUUGAAGGCAACAGCUAUGAGUUCAGAGUCUUCGCUGAGAACAUUGCUGGCGUAAGUGAGCCAUCCUAUCCUUCAGAACCAAUAAAAGCCACUCGCCCAAUCACUCCUCCAGGACCUCCAAGUAACCUCAAACUGAAGGACUGGAGCAAGUCGUAUGCUGAUAUAGUAUGGACCAAGCCUAAUAGAGAUGGCGGUAGCCCUGUCCUGGGUUACGUUGUUGAGGUCCAGAAAUCAGGUUCUGCAGAGUGGAAGAGAAUCAAUAAGGAUCUCAUCAAGAUCUGCGCCUUCAGAGUACCAGGCCUUAUCGAAGGUUCCGAGUACAGGUUCCGCGUUAGAGCCUCUAACAAGGUCGGGGAUGGAGAGCCGAGAGAGCUGACAGAGACAGUGCUCGCUAAGGACAUCCUCGUUCCUCCUGAGGUGACCGUUGACGUCGCUUGCCGUGACCUGGUUACGGUUCGUGCCGGACAGAUCAUUAGCCUGGUGACCAGAGUUAAGGGUAGACCUGAUCCCGAAAUCACCUGGACUAAAGACGCAAGAGCUUUAGGCAGAGACAAGCGUACGGAGAUGAACAACCACUAUCCACUCUGUGAGCUGGUUAUUCAGGAAGCCGUAAGAGCAGAUUACGGCAAAUACGCAAUUCAAGCUAAGAACAGCAGCGGUCAGGCACAGGCUACAAUCAUCGUCAAUGUUCUUGAUAUUCCUGGAGCUUGCCAAAACUUGAAGGUUGCAUAUGUCACCAAAGACUCCUGCAUGGUCUCUUGGGAAAACCCAGAGGAUAACGGUGGCACUGAAAUUACAAACUACAAGAUUGAGUGCCGUCAGCCCAGCCAGCGAGGAUGGACCCUCGUUUCGUCUGAUUGCACUAAGCGUCUUAUCAAGGCUCCACUUCUCGAGAACUGCGAAUACUUCUUCCGCGUGAGCGCAGAGAACAAAAUCGGCCUUGGACCGGCCACCGAAUCGAAGGCACCGGUCCUCGCCGUGGAUCCAGUGGAGAAACCUGGCGAGCCUGAGAACUUCCACAUCAGUGAGAUCGGAAAGACGUUUGUCUUCCUGAAGUGGAAGAAGCCAGAAUACGACGGCGGCAGCCGCAAUCUUGCGUAUCACGUUGAAAAGAAACCGAAGGAAGCAGACGAAUGGGAAAGAGUCCACAAGGGCGCGAUUAAAGAAACGUACUUCAUGGCAGACAGAUGUAUCGAGAACCAAAUCUAUCAAUUCAGAGUCCAAACCAAGAACGAAGGUGGGGAGAGUAACUGGGUGACUACUGGAGAGGUUCUUGUAAAGGAAGAACUUGUGAUUCCAGAAGUAAAGGUGAAGUUGGAAGCCGUUCUGGUUGUUAAAUCGGGAGAUUCCAUUCCAAUUGAAGCGGAGGUUAAAGGCAAACCACAACCAGAGGUCAAAUGGUCCAAAGAAGGUGCCAAAGAAGACGUCAUCAGAAGCCCACGCCUUCAAGUGGAGAGUGGUGUGAACUUCUCUAAAUUCCUGCUAACAAACGCAAGACGUACAGACACUGGAAAAUAUAUCAUCACAGCAACAAACGCCGCUGGAAGCAGCAGCGCCGAAGCGAAGGUCAACGUCCUCGACAGACCUGGACCUGUUAGAGACCUGAAGGUGUCUGGCAUUUCCGUGGACAGAUGCAAGUUGGCGUGGGAGAUCCCUGAGGAUGACGGCGGAUGUGAGAUUUAUAACUACAUUAUUGAGAAGUGCGAGACGAAGAGAGGAGUCUGGUCAGUCCAUUCUUCUGCUGUCGUGACCAACUCUGCUAACGUGACUCGUCUUACUGAAGGAAACGAAUACAUCUUCAGAGUGAGAGCAGAGAACAAGAUGGGAGCCGGUCCUGCUGUUGAAACAGAGUCCAUCGUUGCGAGAACCCAGUUCAGUAGACCCGGUCCACCAGACGCUCCAGAGGUGAGCAAAAUCUCCAAGAACGAAAUGACCGUUAUGUGGUGCUCUCCUGAUAAUGAUGGUGGAAAACCCAUUACUGGAUACAUCCUCGAGAAGAAAGAAGAGCACGGAGUCAGGUGGACUCCAGUUAGUAAAGCUCUGAUUCCAGGAAACCACAUGACCGUAACUGGGCUCUUACCCAACCAUGAUUACCAGUUCCGCGUCAAGGCUGAGAACGAGAUCGGACUCGGCGACGCAAGCAAGCCGUCCAGAACCUACACGGCCAGAGAUCCUGUUGGUCCUCCUGGUCCAGUUGGAAAUUUGAAGGUUGCUGACAGUACCAAGACCUCCAUCACUCUUGGGUGGACGAAACCCACUUAUGACGGUGGCGCUCCACUCAUCGGCUACGUGGUGGAGCUCCGAGUUCGUGGUACGGUCAAGAAGGGAGAAGAAGGAUGGAAGAGAUGCAACGUUGCUGCUCAGCUGAUCGGAACCGAGUUUACGGUCACAAGCCUGGAUGAGAAGCUGGAAUACGAAUUCCGAGUUUCUGCUCAAAACCAGAUCGGCUUGAGUCAACCGACUAACCUCGAGGGAGCUGUCUCACCACGGGAUAUCUUGGAGAGUCCUGAAAUUACUCUGGAUGCGGAGCUGAAGAAGGGUCUGACAGUCAGAGCUGGAUGCCCAAUCAGAUUAGUCGCGACCGUGAGAGGACGCCCGCCCCCUAAAGUUCAGUGGAGAAGAAUGGGACUCGAUAACGUGGUGAAGAAGGGUCACGUGGACGUCAUCGACACCAUGACCUUCCUCGUCAUCUCCGACACCACCCGCGACGAUUCCGGCAAAUACUCGCUGACCGUUUCCAGCCCCGCUGGAGAAAAGGCCGUGUUCGUCAACGUCAAAGUCCUCGACACGCCCGGACCAGUGGUCGGCCUGGAGGCAGCAGAUAUCACCAUGAUGUCCUGCAACCUGACCUGGUCUCCACCUGAAAACGACGGCGGCAGUGAAGUGACUCAUUACAUCGUAGAGAAGCGUGAGAUUGAUCGUAAGACGUGGGCCACCGUUAAAGCCAGCGUGGAUAAAACCACCCUUAAAGUCAGCAACCUCGUACCCGGAACCGAGUACUACUUCAGAGUCACGGCGGUGAACGAGUACGGUCCCGGAGUUCCCAAACCCACACCCAGAUCCUACCUAGCCUCUGAUCCAAUCAGUAAACCUGACCCCCCUCAGAAGGUGGAUGUUCUGGAGAUCACUAAGAACAGUGCGAAGAUCGGUUGGGUGAAACCGAUGAGGGACGGUGGAUCUAAGAUCGACGGAUACAUCAUCGAUUAUCUCGAGCUUCCUAAACCCAAACCACCCAAAGAACCCACCGAACCGGCGCCCGCCGAGGGGGAGGAGCCUAAAGCCGAGGCUGUAGAGACCGCACCUCCACCACCACCACCAGUAGAGGAGGAGGAGGAGCCAAAGGAGGAGAAGAAGGAAGAAUGGACACCGUAUACCGUGGUUAAAGAUCUGUUCAUCUCCAUCGCCGGACUGAAGGAGGGAAGGAAGUACCGCUUCAGAGUCGCGGCGCGAAACUCCAUGGGAGCCAGUCUUCCCACCGAAACCAGAGAGGCGUUCGAGAUCAAAGAACAAAUGCUUGAGCCGAAGAUCAUCCUGCCGGAGACGGUCACGGCGAAGGCUGGAGCGAAGGUGAGGGUUGAAGCUCUGGUAUCUGGUAAACCGGCGCCCGAGUGCCAGUGGAAACGAGGCGAGGACAAGGUGGUGUCCUCCAGCCGCCUGGCGGUGCACAAGUCCCAGAACAUGUGUGUUCUCAUUAUAAAGGAUGUAUCUAGAACCGACAGCGGCCAGUACAGCCUUGUCGCCGAGAACAGCUCCGCCAAGGUGGAGGAGGUCAUGAAAAUCGUAAUUAGAGAUAUCCCCGGCCCACCCGAGCCUCCGUUUGAAAUAAGCGACAUCGACUCGGACGCCUGCACACUCUCCUGGAACAAACCUCUGGAGGACGGCGGCAGCAACAUCACCAACUACGUGGUGGAGAAAUGCGAUGUGAGCCGAGGGGACUGGGUCACCGCCGUCUCCAGCUGCGGAAAAACCGGCUGCAGACUCGGAAAACUGAUCCCCGGAAAAGAGUAUGUGUUCCGCGUCCGUGCUGAGAACCGCUUCGGUAUUUCUGACCCGAUUUCGUCCGAGAGGAUGAUCGCCAAAUUCCCCUUCGAUGUUCCCGGUGAACCUCUGAACUUCCGCAUCACAAAGACGAAUAAGGACUGCAUGUUCGUGGCCUGGGAUAAGCCCGAGUCGGACGGCGGCAGCCCCGUAACCGGAUACUACAUCGAGCGUAAAGAGCGGAACAGCCUCCUGUGGGUUAAAGCUAACGAUUCAGUUGUUCGUACAACCGAGUAUCCGUGCGCCGGACUGAUCGAAGGCCUGGAAUACACCUUCAGAGUCUCCGCCAUCAACCGCGCCGGGCAGGGAAAACCCAGCAAGAAAUCGGACUUUGUUACAGCGAGAACGCCAGUCGAUCCACCAGGUAAACCGGAGGUGCUGGAUGUGACUAAGAGCACAGUUUCACUGGUCUGGGCCAGACCCAAGAACGAUGGUGGAAGUAAGAUCAUCGGGUACUACGUUGAAGCUUUGAAGGUUCCUGGAGACAGAUGGAUGCGGUGCAACACCAGCAGCCAGAACGUCCCUCGUGAAGAAUACACCGUAACCGCGCUGGAUGAAGGAGCUCAGUACCAGUUCAGAGUCAUCGCCAAAACCGCCGUGAACCUCAGCCGGCCGUCUGAAAUCACAGAUCCCAUCACGAUAUCUGCUGAGAAUGUUCCUCCAAGAAUAGAACUGGCGAUCCAGAUGAAGAAGAUGCAGCCGAAGAGAGCCGGUACGGACGUCGUCCUCGAAGCCGAAGUUUUCGGUAAACCGAUGCCCAAAGUGACGUGGAGUAAAGACGGGAAGGUUCUGAAGGACGAUAAGGACAUGAAGUUGUCCCAGAAGAGACACCUGUUCUCUGUGAGCCUCGGUGCCGUUUCUAAACUCCACACCGGAGUUUACACCAUUCUCGCCGAGAACGCCAGCGGCUCCAAGAGUGAAGACAUCCAGCUCAAAGUUCUGGACGUCCCUGGUCCUCCAGCUUCCAUCAAACUGGACGAGGUUCUGUCUGACCGUGUAAAGCUGAGCUGGACGGCUCCGCUGGCGGACGGCGGUUCUCCCGUCACCAAUUACAUUGUGGAUAAGCGUGAAACCAGCAGGCCGAACUGGGCGCAGGUUUCUGCUAAAGUCAGUGGAGAUAAGCUGGAGCUGUCUGUGGAGCGUCUGAUCACGGGACACGAGUAUCAGUUCCGCGUUCGAGCUGAGAACCGGUUCGGCGCCGGCGACGCCACGCUGUCCGAUCUGGUCAUCGCUCAGGAUCCUUUCACUGUUCCCGGAGCGUGUGAUCCCCCGAUCAUUACGAACGUGACGAAAGAGAAGAUGACGGUGAGCUGGAAGGAGCCGGCGGAGGACGGUCACUCGCCCAUCCUCGGCUACAUGCUGGAGAAGCGCGAGACUAAAGAGGUGAACUGGACUAAACUGAACAGGAAGCCGCUGCUGGAGAGAUCUCUGGAGGUGGCGGGUCUUUCUGAAGGAGCUCAGUAUGAGUUCAGAGUUACUGCUGUGAACAGAGCCGGACCCGGUAAACCCAGCGACCCGUCCGGCGCUGCUGCUGCCCUCGACCCCAUCUAUCCUCCUGGUCCACCGGUUUCCCCUAAAGUCACCGACACGACUAACAGCACCAUCAGCUUAUCCUGGACUAAACCGGCGAGUGAUGGAGGAAGUGAGAUCCUGGGGUACCUGGUUGAGUGUAAGAGAACGAACACGACGGACUGGAUCCGCUGUAACGUCCCCAAGAACCUGCAGGACACGCACUAUACCGUCAGCGGCCUGCUGGAGAAAUCCGAGUACCAGCUCCGCAUCAGCGCCGUCAACAAAGUGGGAUUCAGUCAGACCUGCGAAGUUCCAGAGAGACCUGUCGUCAAGGACGUGUUCGUGGCUCCGGAAGCUGAACUGGACGCAGAGCUGAAGGACGUGGUGGUUCUUCAGGCUGGAGCUCGGCUGAAACUUCACGCUAAAAUUAAAGGCCGUCCGACGCCGAAGGUCACCUGGGCCAAAAUGAACACCAACAUUAAAGACAGACAAGGAAUCGUCAUCAAAAUCACAGACAGCGACACCACGGUCUGCGUGGAUAAAGUGAACCGAUACGAUGCAGGAAAAUAUAUCCUGAACCUCGACAGCGUCAGCGGCAUGAAGAUGUACACGGUCGUGGUCAAAGUUCUUGACACUCCCGGACCUCCGCUGAACCUGAUGGUGAAGGAGGCGUCGAAGGACAGUGCGUCCAUCCUGUGGGACGAGCCGCUGAUCGAUGGAGGAAGUGAGAUCACCGGUUACGUGGUGGAAAAGCGAGAUGCAGAGAGGAAGGCGUGGUCUAUCGUUUCCACCGGCUGCACCAAACCGUACUUUAAGAUUGAAGGUCUGGAGGCGGGAAGAUCUUACUGCUUCAGAGUCAUGGCUCAGAAUAAAUACGGUACCGGAGAGCCCGGCGAAACCGCAGACGCCGUCAGAGCUUCUGAACAACCGGGACCAGUCAUGGACUUCAAGCCCCUGCUGGUGACCAGAGACUCGUGCACUCUCUCGUGGAAGAAGCCGAUCAGUGACGGGGGAAGUCGUAUUAUUGCGUACGUGCUGGAGGUUCAGAACGGGGAAGAUAAGUGGAAGGAGCUGCUGAGAUCCAAGAACAUGCAGUACAGCGCUAAAGACCUGGUAGAGGGACGGGAAUAUAAAUACAGAGUGAUGGCUACCAACGAUGCUGGAGACGGCCCGGCCAAGGAGCUCUCUAUAGUGGCGAAGGACGUUAUUGUUUAUCCCACUUGUGAUUUACGAGAUUUGCCCAACCUGAACUACAUCGCGAAGGAGGGAAGCAACGUCCGGCUGAAGAUUCCCAUCAUCGGUAAACCCACGCCCAAGGUCUCCUGGAAGAAGGGCGACGAUGAGAACCUGACGGAUACGGGAAGAGUCUGCGUGGAAUCGACUGCUGUAAAUACGACCCUGCUGAUCCGAGACUGCCAGAGGAGCGACGCCUCCAAAUACACCAUCACUCUCCGGAACAGCGCCGGAUCCAAGGAGUCCACCAUCUUCGUCAGAGUCGUGGGAAAACCGGGAAUAUGUGGAGGACCAAUCAAAAUGAAGGAAGUCACAGCUGAUGGAGCUACACUGAAGUGGGGCGUUCCCAAAGACGACGGCGGAUCGGAAAUUACCAACUACAUCCUAGAGAAGCGCGACUCCAUCACCAACAUGUGGGUCACCGUCUCAUCGGCCGUGGAGACCAACUCCCACCGAGUGGGCGGUCUUCAUGAGGGAACGGAAUAUAUCUUCAGAGUUUCUGCAGAGAACAAAUACGGAGUUGGUGAAGGCCUUAAAUCUGAACCUGUGAUUGCUAAGCAUCCUUUCAAUGUUCCCGAUUCUCCACCUCCACCACAGAUCAUGAGCAUGUGCCACGAUUCUGCCACUUUGGCUUGGUCAGAUCCAAGGAAGACUGGAGGCUCACCAAUUACAGGUUAUCACGUUGAAUUCAAGGAAAGAAACAGCAUGUUGUGGAAGAGAGCUAACCCUGCACCUUUGAAGAUGAAAGACUUUAAAGUAAAGGGUUUGACUGAAGGUCUGGAGUACGAGUUCAGAGUAAUGGCCAUUAACUUGGCUGGUGUUGGGAAACCAAGCGCUCCAACUGAGCCACUGGUAGCCUUGGAUGCUAUUGCUCCUCCUGGUAAACCUGAUGUGAUCAGCAUCACAAGAAGCACCGUCACACUUCAGUGGACCGAACCGCUGUACGAUGGUGGUCACAGGCUCACGGGCUACAUCGUGGAGAGGCGUGACCUUCCCGCUAAAGUCUGGGUGAAAGCUAAUCCCGUAAACGUUGUUGAAUGUGCGUAUACUGUGACUGACCUGCAGGAAGGCUGCAAGUACGAAUUCAGAAUCAGAGCCAAGAACGCAGCUGGAGCUCUGAGUCCACCAUCCGAACAGACCGAUACUCUCAUCUGCACGGACGAAUAUGCGGCACCAACAAUUAUUAUCGACUCGACUGUAAAGGAGGGGCUAACCGUUAGAGCUGGAGACACCAUCAUCAUCACAGCAACCAGCAUCCUCGGCAAACCUGCUCCAACCUCGGCCUGGUCUAAAGGAGGAAAGUUCUUCAAACCGUCCGACAUCUGCCAGAUUGAGACAACGCCAACUUCCUCCACUCUGUUCAUCAAGUACGGCAGCAGGAAGGAUUCAGGAGAGUACACGAUUACGGCAAGCAAUCCGUUCGGCGUGAAGGAAGAGAAUGUGAAAGUAAGGGUUUUGGAUGUUCCUGGACCACCAGGACCAAUUGAAGCAAGUGGAAUUUCUUCGGAAAAAGUCACUCUGACCUGGACGCCGCCUCAUGAAGACGGCGGAUCCGCAAUCAAGCACUAUCUUCUGGAGAAGAGAGAAACCAGUCGCCUUCUCUGGACCAUUCUUGCAGAAAACGUCAUCGACUGCCAUUACGUAGCCAACAAACUAAUCCAAGGCAAUGAAUAUAUAUUCCGCGUCUCGGCCGUCAACCACACCGGAUCUGGUGACUUUUCUCAUUCGGAGCCUGUGAAGAUGGUGGACAAUUACGGCCCUCCCGGUCCUCCUGCAAGACCAGAUGUGGAGAACGUUGGAGCAAAAACAGCUACAGUCACGUGGAAGAGACCAGCCGAUGAUGGAGGCAGUGAUAUCACAGGUUACAUGGUUGAGAAGAAGGAGAAGAAGGGAAUGAGAUGGACCAGAGCCUCAAAGAAAGCAAUCCUUGACCUUAGCUUUGAAGUACAAGGACUCACAGAGGGAGUGGAAUAUCAGUUCAGGGUUUAUGCUGAGAACAAGGCUGGUGUUGGAGAACCCAGUGAGCCAUCUCAGCCCGUUACAACCAAGGUCAUGGCAAGUGUACCUGGAAGCCCAGUCAACCCAAGAGUCACUGACACAACCAAAACCACAGCAGAACUCCACUGGGGCAAACCUCUCGACGAUGGCGGCAUGGAUGUUACUGGAUAUAUUGUUGAACACAAAAAGGAUGGAGAAGAAGCAUGGGUGAAGGACACAACUUCACCUCUGAGGAUCACAGAGUUUGUCGUUCCAGGAUUGCAGGCUGGAGCCAAGUAUCAUUUCAGAAUCGCCGCAGUGAACGCUAUGGGAGUCGGUGAACCAGCUCAAACAGCAGACCUUGUUGAAAUAAUUGAGCGUGAAGAAAUUCCUGAUCUGGAGCUGGAUGUUGAAUUGAGAAGAACAUUAGUUGUCAAGGCUGGAAACUCUAUCCGCCUGUUCGUUCCUAUCAAAGGACGUCCAACUCCUGCAGUCACUUGGUCAAAGGAGGACACUGCAGUGAAAACUCGUGCCAUUAUCGACAACACAGAGUCCUACACUCUUUUAGUAAUCCCUGACUGCAACAGACGCGAUGCUGGAAAAUAUGACCUGACGUUGGAGAACGCUGCCGGCAAGAAGACGGCGUACGUGAACGUUAAAGUUCUGGACUCCCCUGGACCUCCUCUGAACCUUAAACCAAAAGCCAUCGACAAAGAAAGCAUCACGCUGCAGUGGGAGAUGCCUCUCAUUGACGGUGGUUCAAAGAUCACUAAUUACAUCAUUGAGAAAAGAGAAGCUACUCGCAAGGCAUACGCUACAGUGGUGACGAAAUGUCCUUCAUGCUCUGUCUGCAUUCCAAAUCUGUCAGAGGGUUCUGAGUACUACUUCAGAGUAUCCGCCGAAAACGAAUUUGGAAUCGGAGAGGCAGCCGAAACCUCAGAUCCCAUCAGAGCAUCUCAAGCACCUACUCCGCCUCAAAUGGUCGCGAUUACCGAUGUUACCAAGAACUCUGUAAGCCUGGCAUGGACCAAACCUAAACAUGACGGUGGAAGCAGAAUAACCGGAUAUGUUCUGGAGGCUCAGAAGAAAGGAACAGACCAGUGGACCCAUGUGACCACAGUGAAGUCAUUAGAUUUUACAGUAAAGAACUUAAACGAGAGCGAGGAGUACGUCUUCCGUGUGAUGGCUGUAAAUCUGUCCGGAAGAAGCCUCCCACGAGAGAGCAAGCAUGUUGUUAUAAGAGAACAGAGCACAGAACCAGAGUUCGAUUUGCGCGGAAUCUGUCAGAAGACCGUCAUCGCCAAGGCUGGAGAUAACAUCAAGGUUGAGGUGCCUGUUACCGGCCGUCCCAAACCUACAGUUUCUUGGCAGAAGGAUAACCAAGCCCUCAAAUUAACACAACGCACGAUGGUUGAAAAUACGUCCACAUCGUCUAUUCUGACCAUGAACGAAUGUCUGAGAAGUGACAGUGGCGUAUAUUCUGUAACAGGAAAGAACAUUGUAGGCUCCGUUACUGAAAACAUCAUCGUCAAAGUGCACGAUGUCCCAGGACCUCCUAAGGGACCAAUUAAAUUGGACAAAAUAGCUCGUACUUCCAUUGAGUUUUCGUGGGAAACGCCUGAAAACGAUGGUGGUGUACCGAUCAAUAACUAUGUUAUUGAAAUAAGGGAAACCACCAGCCAAUCAUGGGUAGAGCUGUCCUCAUUGAUCAUCCGAACAACAUACAAAGCAACUCGCCUUACCACAGGAGUGGAAUACCAAUUCCGCGUCAAGGCCAAGAACAGAUACGGUGUAGGUCCCCCAAUUACCUCCGAACCUGUGGUGGCUGCCUAUCCUUUCAAAGCACCUGGACCACCAGGUACUCCCAAAGUUGUGGCUUUCACUAAGGACACAAUGACUGUUGGCUGGAAUGAGCCGGUUAAUGAUGGUGGAAGUGAAGUUAUUGGAUACCAUCUUGAAAGGAAAGAGAGGAACAGCAUUGUCUGGCACAGGAUCAGCAAGACUCUUGUGGUGGGCAACCUCUUCAAGACCACUGGACUGGAGCCUGGCUCUGCGUACGAGUUCAGAGUGAUGGCUGAAAAUAUCGCCGGUGUAGGAAAGCCAAGCAAGGCCUCUGAACCAAUGCUGGCCCUCGAUCCAGUGGAUCCACCUGGUCAGCCUGUUCCAAUCCACAUUUCUAAAAAUGCAAUCACUAUUCAGUGGACAAAGCCUGAAUAUGACGGCGGGUUCAAGAUCACUGGAUACAUCGUGGAAAAGAGAGAUCUGCCAGCUGGACGCUGGAUACGGGCUAACUUCACCAACAUCAUUGAAACCACUUUCACUGUUAGCGGCUUGACAAAGGACGAGUCCUAUGAGUUCCGUGUGUUUGCAAGAAAUUCGGCCGGUGCUCUCAGCAACCCCUCAGAGCAAUCAGAUCCAAUCACUUGCAAAGACGAUAUCAUAGAACCAAGAAUUAUGGUAGACGCCAAAUUCAAGGAUGUUUUGCUCGUUAGAGCCGGAGAAUCCUUCAAACUCGACGCUGACGUUGCAGGCCAGCCACUGCCAUCCAUGGUUUGGACCAAAGAUGGAAAAGAUGUUGAAAAUACAAGCAAACUACAAAUAAAAAUGUCAGACACCAAUUCUGGUUUGGUUAACAAGGACUCUCUUAGAAAAGAUGGUGGUGAAUUUGUUCUGACAGCUACUAAUGUGGGUGGAUUUGCUAAACAUAUCUUCAAUGUUAAGGUGCUUGACAGGCCAGGACCUCCAGGAGGGCCUCUUAAAGUUUCAGAUGUUACAGCAGAAAAAUGUGUGCUUACAUGGGCUCCACCUGCAGAUGAUGGCGGCGCAAACAUCGAAUACUAUGUUGUGGAAAAACGUGAGUCAAGCAGACUUGCUUGGACAACCGUGGAAAGAGACUUGCACGUUACCCAGUAUCAGGUGACAAAGCUGCUCAAAGGCAAUGAGUACAUUUUCAGAGUCAUGGCUGUUAAUAAGUAUGGUGUCGGAGAAGCUCUUGAGUCUGAUCCAACCAUCGCAGACAAUCCUUACGUUCCACCUGAUCCUCCACAAACUCCUGAGAUCACAGCCGUCACCAAGGACUCGAUAGUGGUUUGCUGGGGCGCUCCUGCCCAUAAUGGAGGCAGUGAAAUUACCAACUAUGGCAUCGAGAGAAGAGACAGGCUCAGUUUGCGCUGGGUAAAAUGCAACAAAAAGAAGGUUACUGACUUGCAUUUCAAGGUAACCGGGCUCGUUCCAGGGCAUGAGUAUGAGUUCAGGGUGUUUGCUGAGAAUGCAGCUGGAAUCAGUGCACCAAGUGGCUCAAGUCCUUUCACAAAAGCCUCAGACGCUCUAUUCAAACCUGGCCCUCCAGGCAACCCAAGAAUCCUGGACACGACAAGUUCCUCUAUAACACUUGCCUGGAACAGACCAUUAUACGAUGGUGGUUCUGAAGUUACUGGGUACAUUGUUGAGACCUGCCUCCCUGGAACUGAAGAGGAGGAAUGGAAGAUUGUUACUCCCAAGGAAGGAUUGAAAGGAACAUCAUUUACAAUUACAAACUUGAAAGAGAAUCAGGAAUAUAAAAUCAAUGUUUCCGCCAUGAACAGCGAAGGUGUCGGUGAAGCAGCAGCUGUUCCCGGUACACCUAAAGCUGAAGAAAGACUUAUCGCACCAGAAAUCGACCUUGAUGCUGACCUUCGUAAAAUUGUGAACAUCAGAGCCUGCAACACACUAAGACUCUUUGUUCCAAUCAGAGGAAGGCCAACUCCAGAGGUCAAAUGGGCAAGAGAGAACGACGAACCUUUGGACAGAGCAACAAUUGAGAAUACAUCAUCAUUUACAUCACUAGUGAUUGGAAACGUGAACAGAUUCGACAGCGGCAAAUACAACCUGACUGUUGAGAAUAGCUCUGGAUCUAAAACCGUUUCUGUAACCGUCAGGGUUCUAGAUACACCUGGGGCACCACAAAACCUUAAGAUCAGUCAGGUUACUAAAGAAUCAGUUACCCUUAUAUGGGAACCUCCAAUUAAUGACGGUGGAACGAAGAUUAAGAACUAUGUCGUAGAGAAGCGUGAGGCAACACGAAAAGCUUAUGCAACUGUUAAUGCUCUCUGUCACAAAACAACAUGGACUAUUGAUCAGCUCCAAGAAGGCUGCAACUACUACUUCAGAGUUCUGGCUGAAAAUGAGUAUGGUAUCGGCCUUCCAAUCGAGACCGGAGAAUCCGUCAAAGUGUCAGAGAAACCACUUCCCCCACGCAAGGUUAUACUUCAAGAUGUUACAAAGACAAGCGUCACUCUGUCUUGGGAGAAGCCAGAACAUGAUGGAGGAAGCAGAGUGGUUGCAUAUGUUGUGGAGAUUCAGCCUAAAGGAAGUGAUAAAUGGUCACAAUCAGUGAUCGUUAAGGUUCCGGAAGCAGUCAUUUCUGGACUUAAUACUGGCGAGGAGUACAUGUUCCGUGUUUCAGCAAGGAAUGAAAAGGGAACCAGUGACCCUCGGCAAAUUGGUGUACCAGUGAUCGUCAAAGACCUUGUUAUUGCCCCAUCUGCCAAGCUGUUAUUCUCAACAUAUACUGUCCUGGCUGAAAAGGACCUGACCAUAGAUAUUCCAUUUAUUGCCCGUCCUAAAGCUGCUGUAUCUUGGGUGAAGGAUGGCGCACCACUUAAGCGAACCAGCAGAGUUAACUUCUCCUCCACAGACACUCUUCUGAGUCUUGUGAUCAAAGAGGCAACUAGAGAUGAUGUUGGCAAGUAUAGCAUCAAGCUUUCAAACACAGCUGGUGAGACAACAGUGGAUAUUGGAGUUGUUGUUCUUGACAAACCUGGCCCACCAUCUGGCCCAGUGAAGGUUGAAGAAGUAACGUCUGACAGUGUCACUAUUUCUUGGAAUCCACCAGAGUAUGACGGCGGCUGCACCAUUAACAACUAUUUGGUGGAAAAGAGAGACACGUCUACAACAGCCUGGGCGGUUGUGGCAACAAACCUGGCCAGGACUAAAGUUAAGGCUGGAAGACUGAAAACAGGAACCGAAUAUCAGUUCAGAAUCUCUGCUGAGAACAGAUACGGAAAGAGUCCUCUGCUUGUCUCUGAGUGUGUUGUUGCACAGUACCCAUACAAGAUCCCCGGUCCUCCUGGCACACCCUUCGUACAGUUUUCUACCAAAGACAGUAUGGUUGUGGUAUGGAAUGAGCCUGUUAUUGAUGGAGGGAGCACAAUUUUAGGAUACCAUCUUGAACGUAAAGAGAGGAACAGUAUUCUCUGGGUUAAACUCAACAAAACCAUAAUCCAGGACACAACUUACAAGACCACAGGACUUGAAGCAGGACUUGAAUAUGAGUUCAGAGUUUAUGCUGAAAACAUUGUUGGUAUUGGCAGGGCAAGCAAACUUUCAGAAGGCUAUAUAGCCAGAGAUCCUUGUGAUCCCCCAGGCACACCAGAGGCAGUUAAAAUCACAAAGAAUUCGAUCACUAUUGCUUGGACCAAGCCUGAGUACGAUGGUGGAAGCAAAGUCACUGGAUAUAUUGUGGAGAAGAAAGAACUGCCUGAAGGUCGCUGGCUGAAGGCAAAUUUCACCAAUGUUAUUGAGACAGAGUAUAAUGCCACAGGUCUUGCAGAGGAUCAGAAAUAUGAGUUCCGGGUUAUUGCAAGAAAUGCAGCCGGCGUUUUCAGUAUUCCUUCCUACAGCACAGGACCGAUUACUGCUAAAGACGAAAUUGAACCACCUCGCAUCAGCAUAGAUCCACAGUACACACAGACAAUUGUUGUAAAUGCAGGAGAUAACUUCAAAAUUGAUGCAGAUGUUCACGGCAAACCAGUUCCCACAAUUCACUGGAUGAAGGGCGAUCAAGAACUUGGAAACACUAUCCAUCGUGAAAUUAAAAACACAGAAAGCUAUGCAAGUAUAUCCGUAAAGGAGGCCAAACUUGCUGAUGGUGGUCUUUACACUCUGCUGCUUAAAAAUCCAGGAGGUGAAAAGGGAGUUCAAGUCAACAUCUGUGUCCUAGAUAAACCCGGAGCACCCGAGGGUCCCGUUACUAUCACAGGGGUUACCUGCGACCAGUGCUGUCUUUCUUGGAAAGCUCCAAAGCAGGAUGGCGGAAGCAAGAUUACUCACUACAUUGUUGAAAGAAGGGAGACAAGCAGACUAAUCUGGACUCUUGUUGAACCGAAGGUUCCGAUAGAAUAUUUGAAAGUAACCAAACUCCUUGAAGGCAAUGAAUACAUUUUCAGAGUUAUGCCUGUGAACAAAUUUGGAGUUGGAGAAGCACUUCAGUCUGAUCCAGUUGUUAUCAAGGAUCCAUUUACACUCCCAGAUGCUCCAAAGGCUGUCGAGGUCUCCAAUGUGAAGAAAGACUCAAUGGUUCUAACUUGGGAGGCACCCACAAGUGAUGGAGGCGCGCCCAUCACUGGCUACGUCAUUGAAAAACAUGACAAGGAAGGUGUCAGAUGGACCAGAUGCAACAGACAAACAGUCACUGAUCUAACCUUCAAAGUUACAGGGCUCCUUGAGGGACAUCUUUAUGAAUUCAGAGUCGCAGCUGAGAAUGGUGUUGGGGUUGGAGAGCCUAGCUCAGCAACAGUGUACUACAAGGCUCUGGAUCCUGUGUUCAAGCCUGGCCCACCAAAUAAUCCUAAAGUUACAGACACAACCAAAUCAUCAGUGUCGCUUGCAUGGGGUAAGCCCAUGCAUGAUGGUGGAUGUGAAAUCCAAGGAUACAUCGUUGAGUUUUGUGAGUUCAAACCAGCAGCGGAGGAGAAAAAGGAAGAUGCUGAGGGUGCAGUGCCUGCUGAAGAAUGGGCAAUGUGCACUCCACCAAGUGGCGUUAAGCUAACACGCUUUAUCGUGGAAAACCUGAAAGAAAAGCAGGAAUACAAAUUCAGAGUUUGUGCAAUUAACAAGGUCGGUGUUGGAGAGCCUGCAGAUCUUCCUGAUCCCAUUCUUCCAGAAGACAAGGCUGAGGAACCAGAUCUUGAUAUUGAUCCCGAAUUCAGAAAGCUUGCCAUUAUUAAAGCUGGAAGGCCUCUCAGAGUUUUCAUUCCUAUUAGAGGACGUCCAGUUCCACAAAUUAAAUGGGAGAAAGAUGAAUGUCCUCUCAAAGAGACAGUGCAAGUGGAGGUUACAAGUAGCCACACUUCACUUGUGAUUGACAAAGUCAGCAGAGUUGACAGCGGAAAGUACACCGUGUUUGCAGAAAACUCUGCUGGAGUAAAGAGUGCAACCAUCAGCGUUAAAGUUCUCGACACACCAAGUGCUCCAGUUAACCUUAAAGUGGUAGAAAUCACAAAGGAGAAUGUCACACUUUCAUGGGAACCUCCUGCAUUGGAUGGUGGUGCUAAAAUCAAAAACUAUAUUGUUGAGAAGCGUGAAACUACAAGGAAGACUUUCUCUGCUGUCGUAACAAACUGCCACAAGCUAUCCUGGAAAAUUGAACCACUUCAAGAGGGCUGUAGCUACUACUUCAGAGUCCUUGCAGAAAAUGAACACGGUAUUGGAUUGCCUGCAGAUAUUGCAGAAUCCAUAAAGGUAUCAGAAGUGCCCCAGUGCCCUGGAAAAUUGAGCGUUGUGGAUGUCACGAAGAAGAGCGUCUCUCUUGCUUGGGAGAAACCUGUGCACGAUGGUGGCAGCAGAAUUAUUCAGUACCUCGUUGAAGUUCAAGUGAAGGGACAGGAUAAGUGGUCUGGCUGUGCUAAUGUGAAAACAUUAGACGCAAUUGUCAGUAAUCUGAACCCUGGUGAAGAGUACAUUUUCAGAGUAUUUGCUAUUAAUGAAAAGGGAAAGAGUGAUCCAAGAGCUCUUGCAGUUCCUGUGCAAACAAAGGACCUCGUAAUUGAACCAGAUGUUAGACCUGCAUUUAGCAACUACAGCGUUCUUGUUGGAAAGGACUUACAAGUUGAAAUUCCAGUUUCUGGACGCCCUAAACCAAAGGUCGCAUGGACAAAGGAUGGUGCAGCCUUGAAAUUCACAACAAGAGUGAACAUUAACAAUACACCAACAAGCACAAUUCUUAGCAUCAAAGAGGCUGCCAGAGAGGAUGGUGGCAUGUAUGGAAUUAAUGUUUCCAAUAGCGCUGGACAAAAGGAUGCAACCAUUGAAAUCAUCACCCUUGACAAGCCAGGACCACCUUCCGGCCCAGUGAGAUUUGAUGAAGUAACAAGAUCAAGUGUUAAACUGUCAUGGGAUCCACCGAAAUUCACAGGUGGCUGCUCAGUCUCAAAUUACAUCGUACAAAAGAGAGACACAACCACCACCACAUGGGAGAAUGUUUCCGUCUCAGUGGCCAGAACCUCAAUGAAGGUCCUCAGGCUGAAACCUGGUGCUGAGUAUCAGUUCAGAAUUAUAGCUCAGAACCGAUACGGCAAGAGUUAUGCUUUGGACUCUUCCUCUGUCGUGGCUCAGUAUCCAUACAGAGAGCCAGGGCCACCUGGAACUCCAUUUGUGGCAACCCUGUCAAGAGACCACAUGGUUGUUGAGUGGCAUGAACCAGUUUCAGAUGGAGGAAGUGCCAUUAUUGGAUACCAUCUUGAAAGGAAAGAGAGAAACAGCAUCCUCUGGACUAAGAUCAACAAGACACUGAUCCAGGAAACUAAAUUUAAAACCAGCCCCUUGGAAGAAGGCAUUGAAUAUGAAUUUAGAGUCUAUGCUGAGAACAUUGUUGGCAUCGGUAGGUGCAGCAAACUCUCAGAGGGCUACGUAGCCCGUGACCCAUGCGAUCCACCUGGCACUCCAGAAGCUGUCCAUGUUAGUAAGAGUUCAAUUACAAUCCAAUGGACUAAACCAGAAUACGAUGGAGGCAGUUCUAUAACCGGUUACAACGUUGAGAAGCGUGAUCUGCCAGAGGGACGCUGGACCAAGGCAAGUUUCACAAAUAUAAUUGAAACCCAAUUUACCAUCACUGGCCUUACUGAAGGAGCGAAAUACGACUUCAGAGUGAUUGCAAAGAACGCUGUCGGCACUAUUAGCAAACCAUCCUACAACAGUGGACCGAUCGCUGCACUGGAUGAAGUGGAGCCACCCAAGUUUUCAAUUGACCCUGAAUACACAAAAACUCUUGUGGUGAACGCUGGAGAUACUUUCAAACUCGAUGCAGAUGUCCAUGGCAAACCAGUACCUACAAUCCAAUGGAUCAAGGGUGACAAAGUGAUUGAAAACACAAUGCGUUGUGAACUCAAGAACACUGACACUAGAGCUAUGAUUGUCAUCAAGGACGCUGUCAGACAUGACGGUGGAGACUAUACUCUUCAGCUCACUAACGUCGCUGGCUCACAAACCGUUUCAUUCAGUGUGAAGGUUCUAGACAAGCCCAGCGCACCAGAAGGACCUCUUCACAUCACAGGAGUUUCAAGUGAUAAAUGCACCCUGUCAUGGCGUCCACCCCAACAUGAUGGAGGAAGCAAUGUCACUCAUUACGUGAUUGAAAGAAGGGAAACAAGUCGUCUUGCUUGGACCCUCGUCUCUACUGACUGUAAAGCUACAGUAUACAAAGUUACAAACCUUCUUGAAGGCAACGAAUACAUCUUCCGUGUCAUGGCCGUCAACAGUUACGGUACGAGCGAGGCAAUAACUUCUUCAUCAGUAAUCAUGAAGAUUCCAUUUGUAGCACCUGGAUCUCCACACAUUCUCGAGGUGACGAACAUUGCCCGGGAUUCCAUGACCGUGUGCUGGAGCGCCCCCGAGACUGACGGCGGAAGUGAGAUCAUCGGAUACAUCGUUGAAAAGAAAGAUCGCGCUGGCAUUAAGUGGACCAGAUGCAACAGACAGAAAGUUACUGACGUAUGUUUCAGAGUGCACGGCCUGAUUGAGGACCAUGAGUACGAGUACAGAGUAUCAGCUGAAAAUGCAGCAGGAAUUGGUGAACCCAGCUUACCAACAUCAUACUACAAAGCCUCUGAUCCUAAAUAUAAACCCGGCGCACCCACAAAUGUCCAUGUGAUUGACACAACAAAGAGCUCUAUUUCACUGGCCUGGGGAAAGCCUCUGAAUGAUGGUGGAAGCCCAGUUCAAGGAUACAUUGUUGAAAUAUGCAAAGCUGAGGAGGAGGAAUGGUCCAUGUGCACCCCACCUACAGGCCUGCGUGUUAACAAAUUCGAAAUCACAAAGUUGACAGAGCAUCAGGAAUAUAAGAUCCAGGUAUGCGCCAUCAAUAAACUAGGUGUGGGUGAGCCCAUGGUUAUGCCUGGUACCGCCAAACCAGAGGACAAACUUGAAGCUCCAGAAAUUCAUCUCGACUCAGAACUGAGGAAAGGCAUCAUCAUUCGUGCUGGAGGAUCAGUUAGAAUUAAUGUGCCUUUCAAGGGAAGACCAACGCCAGAGAUAAAAUGGACUAAAGAUGAAGGAGAGUUGACAGAGAAGGCUGUUAUUGAGAAGGGUCUUAACUUCACACAGCUUUCAAUCGACUCUUGUGACAGAAAGGAUUCUGGAAAAUACGGCAUUACCCUGCAGAACAGCAGUGGAUCUGUGUCUGAAGUUGUAUCAGUGAAAGUUUUGGAUACACCUGGAGCGCCUCAGAACCUGGUGGUUAAGGACAUCAAGAAAGAAUCGGUCAUGCUUGUUUGGGAACCACCACUUAUCGAUGGUGGUGCCAAAAUCAAGAAUUAUAUCGUUGAUAAGCGUGAAUCCACAAGGAAGGCAUAUGCCAGUGUCACAACAAAGUGCAGCAAGACUACCUUCAAAGUGGAAAACCUUGCAGAGGGAGCCAUGUACUACUUUAGAGUUAUGGCUGAAAACGAAUUUGGAAUUGGUGUACCAAUUGAAACAAAGACAGCUUCAAAAGCCUCAGAAGUUCCUCUACCAGUUGGAAAGAUCUUGCUCACCGAUGUGACAAAGACCAGUGCAUCCCUGGCUUGGGAAAAACCAGAGCAUGAUGGUGGAAGCAGGAUUGUGGGUUACAUCAUUGAAAUGCUGCCCAAGGGAACAGAUAAGUGGGGUGUAGCAACAUCUGUCAAAACAUGUGAAGGCACAGUCUCUGGACUAAACACUGGACAUGAAUAUCAGCUCCGGGUUAUUGCUUACAAUGAAAAAGGAAAGAGCGAGCCAAAGCCCCUUGCCGCGCCUGUUAUUGCCAAUGAUUUAACAAUUGAGCCCAGCCUGAAAGUACAGUUUAGCACAUACAGCGUCAGAUCUGGAAAAGACCUCAAACUGGAAAUUCCCGUCUUUGGACGUCCCAAACCAAAGGUUACUUGGAUGAAAGAUGGACAACCACUUAAAGUAACAUCUAGAAUCAGUACACCAAACACACCGACCUCAACCAUUUUACAGAUCACUGAGGCCAGUAAAGACGACUAUGGAAAGUAUGCAGUUACUGCAACAAACAGUGCUGGUACCUCUACAGAGGAAAUUGGAAUUAUCAUACUUGAUAAGCCCGGUCCACCAACAGGCCCUAUGAAAGUAAACGAAGUGAGUAACAGCUUUGUAAGUAUCUCAUGGGAGCCUCCAUCCUACACAGGAGGAUGCCAGGUGAAACAUUACAUUGUUGAAAAGAGAGACACCACCUCGACAACCUGGGAAAGCGUAGCCGGAUCAGUUGCCAGAACGUCUAUCAAAAUAACAAAACUGAAGACUGGUGCAGAGUACCAGUUCAGAGUCACUGCUGAAAACAGAUAUGGAAAGAGUACCGCCCUGGAGUCUAAAUCAAUUGUUGUUCAGUAUCCAUAUAAACCCCCAGGACCACCUGGAACACCAUGUGUCAAGUCUGCCGCUAAAGAUCACAUGAUAAUUGAGUGGAACGAGCCUGUCAAUGAUGGUGGAAGCACAGUCAUUGGCUACCACCUGGAAAGCAAGGAACGCACAAGUAUUCUGUGGACCAAGCUCAACAAAACUCUCAUCACCGAUACCAUGUUUAAGAUAUGCAACCUUGAGGAAGGCAUCGGAUAUGAAUUCAGAGUGUACGCAGAGAACAUUGUUGGAGUUGGCAGAGCCAGCAAAGUUUCAGACAGCUUUGUUGCUCGUGACCCAUGUGACCCACCUGGUACUCCAGAAGCCAUCGCUAUUUCCAAGAACCAUGUGGUAAUUCAGUGGACGAAGCCUCAGUACGAUGGUGGAAGCAAAGUGACGGGAUACAUUGUUGAGAAGAGAGACUUGCCUCAGGGCCACUGGAUGAGAGUCAACUUCACAAACGUGGUCGAGACCGAAUUUGCAAUUACUGGCUUAACUGCAGACCAACAGUAUGAAUUCAGAGUAACUGCAAGAAAUGCUGCUAGUAUGUUCAGUGAGCCAUCUGAUAGCACUGGACCAAUCACUGCCACCGAUGAAAUCGAACCUCCGAGUGUUUCAAUGGAUCCUAAGUACAAGGACGUCAUUGUUGUAAAUGCUGGAGAUAAUUUAGUUCUUGAUGCAGAUAUCCACGGCAAACCCAUUCCUGAUGUCCAGUGGUUGAAAGAAGGAAAGGAGAUGGAAAAGAAACUGCGCUAUGAAUUAAAAACCACACAAAAAUCUGCCUCUAUUACAAUCAAGGACUGCACACGAUUGGACAGCGGCCAUUAUGAUCUCGUAUUAAGCAACAGUGGUGGAACCAAAACAAUUCCAAUCACUGUAAGGGUUCUUGACAGACCAGCUCCACCCAGUGGACCACUGCGUGUAAUUGGUGUAAUGUCUGACAGAUGCGACCUGUUCUGGACUGAGCCUUCUCAGGAUGGCGGCGCUCCCAUUUCACACUACGUUAUCGAGAAGAGGGAAACCAGCAGGUUGUCCUGGAGUCUGGUUGAGUCCAAUAUUCCAGCUACCAGUUUCAAAGUCACAAAGCUCCUGCCGGGUGAUGAAUACAUCUUCAGAGUUAUGGCUGUUAACAAAUAUGGCACUAGCGACCCUCUGGAGUCUGAAGCAGUAAUUGCUCGCAACCCUUACAAGACACCAAGUGCACCCUCAUCACCAGAAGCCAGUGAGAUAACCAAGGAUUACAUAGUUCUGUCAUGGACCGCCCCAGAAAGUGACGGUGGAACAGAAAUUAUCGGUUACCACUUGGAGAAACGUGACAAGGAUGGCGUGAGAUGGACCAAAUGUAACAGACAGAAGCUGACCGACACUCACUUCAAAGCAACUGGUCUUUCAGAGGGACAUUUCUACGAGUUCCGCGUGGCUGCUGAGAAUGAAGCAGGUGUCGGAGACUUGAGUGACUUAUCUCUGUUUUACAGAGCAAUAAACGCCACAACUCCACCUGGUCCACCACAUCAUCCCAAAGUUACAGAUCACACAACCUCAUCUGUGUCUCUGUCUUGGGGCAAACCAGCCAGUGACGGUGGUGCAUAUGUGAAGGGUUACAUCGUUGAGAUGAAGGAGGUUUCUGCAGAAGAAUGGACCAUGUGCACACCUCCAACUGGAUUACAAGCAACACGUCUAACAGUGGAUAAACUCAAAGAGAACGGAGAGUAUAACUUCCGUGUUUGCGCCAUUAAUUCUGAGGGAGUCGGCGAACCCGCUGACGUUCAUGGCACAGUGAUCGCCGCUGAAAAAAUUGAAGCACCAGAGAUUGAACUCGAUGCUGACCUCAGGAAAGUGGUCUCUGUCCGUGCCGGCGGGUCUCUUCGCCUGUUUAUCACUAUCAGAGGAAGACCGGAACCAACUGUCAAAUGGGAGAAAGAGGAAGGUGCCUUAACUGACCGGGCUGUGAUUGAGUCCACCGGUUCCUAUACCAUGCUGGUCAUCGACAAUGUCCACAGAUUUGACAGUGGCAAAUACAUUCUAACUCUUGAGAAUAAGACAGGAACAAAAUCGGCAUUCGUGAACGUCAGAGUUCUCGACACACCAAGCGCCCCCCAGAAACUGGAAAUUAAAGACGUUAAGAAAGACUCUGUGACUGUCUGCUGGGAAACCCCUCUUACUGACGGUGGAUCUAAAAUAACCAACUACGUUGUAGAAAAAAGAGAAUCCAUUAGAAAGGCUUACACAACUGUCACAAGUAACUGCACACAAAACUUCUUCAAGAUCGAAGAACUGCCGGAGGGAGGAAUAUUCUACUUCCGAGUGUGUGCCGUCAAUGAGUAUGGCUUUGGUGUCAUGGCAGAAACGAAGAAUCCGGUCAAGGUUGCCCAGGUACCUAUGCCACCAGGAAAGAUCACUCUUGUGGAUGCCACUAAGACCAGUGUAACUCUUGCUUGGGUGAAACCUGCACACGAUGGUGGAAGCAAAGUUCUCUGUUACAACGUAGAGAUGCUACCGAAAGGAACUGACAAAUGGGGUGUUGUCUGCACUGCUAAGGUUCCAGAGGCUACCAUCGCUAACCUUACCCCGAAUGAAACCUACUCUUUCAGGGUCAUUGCACUCAAUGAGAAAGGCAAGAGUGAACCUCAGGAAUUCGGAGUGCCUAUUCGUGCUAAGGACAUAGAGAUUGAACCCACGGUUAAUCUUCUCUUUAACACGUUCAGUGUUAAGGCUGGAGGCGACCUUACUGUUGAAGUUCCCAUAAGAGGCAGGCCCAAGCCAGUGGUUUCAUGGAAGAAGGAUGGUCUUCCUCUCAAGCAAACCACCUCCCUCUCAAUAAAUAAUACCCUGGUUUCAAGCAAGAUCAUCAUUAAGGAAGCUACCAUUGAUCACGUUGGAAAGUACGAAAUCACUCUUGCUAAUACAGCAGGAACUAUUUCCACAGAUAUCAACGUAGUGGUUCUUGAUAAACCAGGCCCACCAUCUUCGGUGAAGGUCGAUGCUGUAACUGCUGACAGCAUUACACUGUCCUGGACUCCUCCUGAAUAUGACGGUGGAUGCACCAUCAAUAACUACAUCGUUGAGAAGAGAGAUACCAACACCACAGUGUGGCAGAUUGUAUCCACAAAUGUUGCCAGAAAUUCUAUUAAGGUGUCUCGAUUGACGCAUGGUUCUGAAUACCAGUUCCGUAUAUAUUCAGUAAACCGCUAUGGAAAGAGUAAGGCCAUCGACUCUCCUGGAAUUACUGCAGAAUAUACAUGCAAACAGCCUGGCCCACCUUCUACCCCCCAGGUUGCUCAUGCCACAAAGGCCUUUAUGCUCGUCACAUGGAACGAACCCGUCAAUGAUGGUGGCAGCACAGUUAUUGGAUAUCAUCUGGAACGUAAGGAGAGGAGUAGCAUUCUCUGGGCCAAGAUGAACAGGCUUCUAAUCAAAGACACUCAGUUUAAAGUAACGGGUAUCGAAGAGGGCAUGUUCUACGAGUACCGCGUCUACGCUGAGAACAUAGCCGGAAUUGGAAAGGUCAGCAAAGUCUGUGAGGCUGUAGCUGCAAGAGAUCCCUGUGAUCCUCCUGGUCAACCAGAGGUUACAAACAUAACAAGAACUUCUGUAUCUCUCGCCUGGACAAAGCCUGAGUACGAUGGAGGAGCCAAAGUUACAGGUUACAUCAUUGAACGUAGAGAUCUUCCAGAGGGUCGCUGGAUGAGGUGCAAUUUCACCAAUAUUCCAGAAACAUACUUCGAUGUUACCGGUCUUACUCAAGAUCAGCAAUAUGAUUUCCGCGUCACUGCAAAGAAUGCUGCUGGACUGUUCAGUAUUCCCUCUUAUAACACAGGCCCUAUCACAGUGAAGGACGAUGUCGAUCCACCAAGGAUUAUGAUGGACGUCAAAUUCAAAGACACUGUGGUUGUGAAAGCAGGUGAGACUCUGAAGAUUAACGCUGACGUUGCUGGACGCCCACUUCCUGUGGCUUCAUGGUCAAAGGACGGAAAAGAGAUUGAACUCAAAGCAAGAAUUCAGAUCUAUUCAACAGACACAAGUACCAUGAUCACAGUUAAAGACUGCGUGAGGAGCGAUUCUGGACAGUACGUCCUGAAAUUACAGAAUGUUGCCGGAACAGUAACAACACCCGUCAAUUGCAUGAUCCUCGACAAACCAGGACCCGCAGCAGGACCACUGUCGAUCACUGGCCUCACAGCAGAAGAAUGCACACUGUCAUGGGGACCACCACAAGAAAUCGGUGGUGCUGAGAUCACUCAUUACGUCGUUCAGAAAAGAGAGACUAGCAGUUUGGCAUGGACAGUUGUACACGGAGAAGUGAAUACAAAAUCUUUCAGAGUCACAAAACUCCUCAAAGGCAAUGAAUACAUCUUCAGAGUCUUGGCAGUGAACAAGUUUGGACUUGGUGAACCUCUUGACAGUGAAACUGUCAAAAUCAUCGAUCCAUUUACCUUCCCUGGUGCACCAACAAGUGUUGAAGUCACAGAUGUCACAAGCGAGGAGAUGACUCUCACAUGGGCAAAGCCUACUUAUGAUGGAGGCAUUGAGAUCGUUGGAUACAUCAUUGAGCGACGUGAGAAAACGGGUCUUCGCUGGGUCAGAGUCAACAGGGAACUUGUGAAAGAUUUAACAGCCGUCGUGUCUAAACUGAGAAGAGGAUGCGAAUAUGAAUUCAGAGUAUUUGCAGAGAACGCCGCAGGUUUAAGUCCUCCCAGUGAACCAUCUGUUCCAGCAAGAGCAGAGGACGCACUGCUUGAGCCAUCGCCACCAACUAAACCAAAGAUCCUGGAUCACACCAAGAGCUCCAUUACUAUCAUUUGGAACAAGCCCUUAGAUGAUGGUGGUGCUCCCAUCCUUGGAUACUGUGUGGAAUACAAGAAAACGGAUGCUGAGGAAUGGACCGUUGCCAUCCAGAUGACUAAGAGCACAGAGUUCACGGUCUCUGGUCUCACGGCCGAUGUAGAAUAUGUCUUUGCUGUUAAAUCCAUCAACAAAAUUGGUUUGAGUGAACAAUCUCCAGUUUCCGAGCCACAGGCAGCAACAGACAGGAAGGAGGAGCCAGUAUUCGAUGUUGACAUUGAGAUGAGGAAAAUGUUGCUCGUCAAGCAUGGAAAUUCCUUCACCCUUAAAGCACCAUUCAAAGGAGUUCCUAUUCCUUCCGUCACAUGGAAUAAGGAGGAAGUUGAUCUCAAAGCAAGAGCUACUGUUGAAACCACCGCGACAUAUUCAUCACUAACAAUUGAAAAGGCAACAAGAUACGAUUCAGGCCAGUACACCGUUACACUGGAUAACGGUGUCGGAACUGCAUCACUGCCGAUGGUUGUCAAAGUUCUUGACUCUCCGGGUCCACCAGUGAAUGUGAAAAUCAAGGACGUCACCAAAGACUCUGCCACAGUCACCUGGGACAUUCCAGAGAAUGAUGGAGGCGACGCUGUGAAGGCUUACCAUGUUGAGAAACGUGAAGCAAGUAAAAAGGCUUGGGUCUGCGUAACGAACAACUGCCGUAAUCUGACCUACAAGGUAGAGGACCUGCAAGAGGGUCAAAUCUACUACUUCCGAGUGAUCGGAGAGAACGAGUUUGGAAUGGGCGUACCUGCUGAGACGAGAGAUGGAACUAAAAUGACAGAAACCCCAAGUCCUCCUGCCAGGCUCGGAGUGGCUGCCGUGACUAAAGACAGCAUUACGAUCACAUGGUCGAGACCAGAGCAUGAUGGUGGAAGCAGAAUUACAAGCUACCUUAUCGAUGCUCUAGAGAAGGGUCAGCAGAAGUGGGUGAAAUGUGCUACCGUAAAAACCAACACUCACACCAUCAAAGGCCUGAGAGAACAUGGAGAAUACUUCUUCAGAGUACGUGCUGAGAACCACGCUGGACUCAGUGAACCGAAGGAAAUGAUUAUUCCUGUGGUUGUUAAAGAACAAAUUGAUGCUCCUGAAUUUGAUAUGAAGAACUUCCCACACAACACAGUCUAUGUGAGAGCUGGAUCAAAUCUGAAGUUCGAGCUUCCUCUCUUCGGCAAACCAAUGCCAAAGGUGGCGAUGACCAGGAACAACACUCCAGUCAAGUGUGGAAAGCGAUUUAGUUUUGAAGUCACUCCUGAAAGUCUGAAUAUUAGUCUGAAAGAAAGCAUUUCAAGCGAUGCUGGAAGAUACGACAUUGUCGCCUCCAACACCGGAGGAACAACCAAAAUGUUCAUCAACAUCCUGGUUCUGGACAGACCUGGUCCUCCUUCUGGUCCAGUAGAAGUUAGCGAUAUCGGAGAAACAAGCCUGACUCUUAAAUGGCUUCCACCUGUGUACGACGGUGGUAGCCCUGUAACCAACUACGUGGUGGUCAGGCGUGAAACGAGCACACCAGCCUGGGUGGAAGUGUCGUCUACAAUUGCUAGAAGUAUAAUUAAGGUGACCAAACUAACCAAGGGAGAAGAGUACCAGUUCAGAAUUAAAGCAGAGAAUCGCUUCGGCAUCAGUGAUUACAUCGACUCUCAGUCCGUCACUGUGAAACUUCCAUACACAAUCCCUGGACCACCAUCAACACCAUGGGUUAGCUUUGUUUCUAGAGAAAGCCUGACUGUCUGCUGGCAUGAGCCUGUAGUGGAUGGAGGAAACCCAGUGUUCGGAUAUCAUGUCCAAAUGAAGGAAAGAAGCAGCAUCCUGUGGCAGAAAGUCAACAAAACCGCCCUUCCUGCCAAUCAGAUCAGAGUGUCGAACAUAUGCCCUGGAAUGAUCUAUGAAUUCAAGGUCUCUGCUGAAAACGCAGCUGGCAUUGGAAAAUUCAGCAAGACGUCAGAGGAAGUUCUCGCCAUUGAUGCCUGUGAUCCUCCCGCAAACCUGAGAAUCUCUGAGAUUACCAAGAACUCCGUUGGCCUUGUCUGGCAGAAGCCUCCAUUUGAUGGUGGAAGCAAGAUCACCGGCUACAUGGUUGAGAGAAGAGAUGCACCAAAUGGAAGAUGGACGAAGGCUAACUUCACCAACGUAAUCGAGACGAACUUCACCGUUUCAGGAUUAACACAGGAUCAGGCUUAUGAAUUCAGAGUCUUCGCCAAGAACGCUGUUGGCUCUGUAAGCAACCCAUCUCUUAUCGCUGGACCAGCAACUUGUGUGGAUGUUUCUGGUGCUCCAGCCAUUGAUCUGCCUCCUGAGUACUUGGAUGUUGUACAGUACAAAGCUGGAGCUUCUGUUAAGAUACGACUGGGAAUUAUCGCCAAGCCUCUGCCAACUAUUGAAUGGCUCAAGAACGGAAAGGAAUUGGUGACAAGUUCACAGCUUUCAGUUGAGAGCACCACCGAUUCUUCUGCCAUUCUUAUCAAGGAUGCCACUCGCCACCAUACGGGAACAUACGAGAUGAAGAUCAAGAAUGUGUUUGGCACUGCAUCUGCCUCCAUCAGAAUAUUGAUUCUAGAUAAACCUGGUCCUCCAGCUGGAAGCAUUGAGUUUAAGUCAGUGACUGCUGAGAACAUCGUAUUUGCCUGGGAACCAAUAGCAGAUGAGGGAGGCUCCAAGGUCACCCAUUACAUCGUGGAAAAACGAGAGACCAGCCGUGCCGUGUGGUCCACCGUCUCUGACUGUAUGGAGGAACGCACCGUCUGCGCCAAGAAGCUCAUCCGCGGAAAUGAAUACGUCUUCCGUGUGAGAGGAGUCAACAAAUUUGGAGCUGGAGAGUCUCUGGAGUCUGAACCGGUCAUCGCCAAGAACGCUUUCGUUACUCCUGGACAGCCGACCACACCAGAAGCAACAGACAUAACCAGAACAUCAAUGAAGAUCGUCUGGGACAAACCAGGAGUAGAUGGUGGCAGCCUGGUUACGGGCUACUACCUACAGAGACGCGAUAAGAAGAGUCUGCGCUGGAUUAAGGUUUACAAAGACCCGAUAAGUGAAACAUCAGCAAGCGUUUAUCACCUGACUGAAGGAAACGAAUAUCAGUAUCGUGUGUCUGCAAUCAAUAAAGCUGGAGAAGGUCCGUUCUCAGAUCUGUCAGAUUUCUACAAAGCAGCUGAUCCCGUCGAUACACCUUCAGAGCCGACUAAGCUGAAGGUUGUCGACUCAACCAAGACAUCCAUUACUCUUGGAUGGUCCAAACCAGAGUAUGAUGGUGGAAGUGAAAUCACCAGCUACGUUGUGGAGAACCGGGUUGGUGAGGAAGGAGAAUGGACAGUGAUCAGCCAUAAGGGUGAAGUCAGAACUACUGAGUAUGUUGCCUCAGGUCUGAAACCAGACGUAGACUACUUCUUCAGAGUAUCCGCUGUGAAUUGUGCUGGACGUGGUGAACCAAUAGAGAUGGAGGAACCAGUCCAGGCCAAGGACAUCCUCGAGGAAGCCCAGGUUGACACAGAUGUGGCAAUGAGAACCCAUUACAUCGUGAAAGCCGGCAAAGACGUGGAGAUCAUGGUGCCUCUUAAGGGCAGACCUGAUCCAAGUGCUUCCUGGAAGAAAGAAGAUCAGAACAUUGAUAGUGAUCCCAAGUACAUCAUUCACAACACAGCAACCUCCUCAUGCCUUUUACUUUCACAAGUCACUCGUAACGAUACCGGCAAAUACACAAUCGAGAUCUCAAAUGGAGUCGGCCAGGCCAAGACGUUGACGCUAUCUGUGAAGGUACAGGACACUCCAUCUGCCUGCAGAAAUCUGGUCCUGAAGGAGGUCACUCGUGGCAAAGUGACACUGUGCUGGGAACCUCCUCUCCUUGAUGGUGGUGCUGAAAUCACUAACUACAUCGUAGAGAAGAGAGACUCUUCCAAACGCAUGUUUGCUUCCGUAACAAACAAAUGUAUGGAGACCACAUACGUCAUUGAUGAGCUUUCCGAGAAAGCAUCUUACUUCUUCCGUGUAUCUGCGGAAAAUGAGAACGGAGUUGGUGACCCAUGCAAUACAGCAGACUGUGUUAAAGCCACAGAGAAACCAGGUCCUAUUAAAGAUCUCGCUAUGAAAGAUUCCUCAAAGACAUCAGUGACGCUCCAGUGGAACAAGCCGGACUACGACGGUGGCAGCAUCAUUACCGACUACAUCAUUGAGAAGAAACUCCAAGGUCAAGAAGAAUGGGCCCCUGCCGGCACCAACAAACACUGUGAACAUGAGGUGAAACAACUUAAGGAGCUCACAGAGGUGUUCUUUAGAGUCUGCUCCACCAAUGAGAAGGGCAGAAGUGAUUUCACAGAGAUCGGACCCAUUAAGGUCAAGGACUACAUCAUCGCACCUGAGGCAAACCUCGAGGAGUACCCCGAUGGACAGGUCAGUGUGCGCCUCGGCCACAACGUCCAUAUUGAGCUGCCAUACAAAGGUAAACCCAGGCCAGCGGUUCAUUGGUUGAAGGACAACCUGCCUCUGAAAGAAAGCGAAAAGGUUCGCUUCAAAAAGACGGAGAACAAGGCAACCUUGAUGAUUAAGAAUGUGGAAAAAGACAACGGUGGUAAAUACACGCUUACCCUCGACAACAACGUCAGUAGGAAAUCAUUCCACAUCCAGGUCAUCACCCUCGGACCUCCUUCCAGACCUAUCGGACCCAUUCGCUUGGACGAGGUCAGAGCGGAAACCAUCUCCAUAUCUUGGGAUGAACCGAACGAUGAUGGAGGCGGAGAAAUCACUUGCUACACUGUUGAAAAACGUGACACCUCUCAGAACGACUGGAAGAUGGCUUGUUCAAGUGUGAUAGGAACAUCCUUCCAAGUGCCCAACUUGAUCAAGGGAACUCAGUACCAGUUCAGAGUUUGUGCAGAGAAUAGGUACGGCGCAAGCGAGCCCCUCGUUUCCCAGAACGUCAUCGCCAAGCACGAGUUCAGACCACCAGGUCCACCGGGCAUGCCGUUUGUCUACAACAUCACCAAUGACGGCAUGACGAUUCAGUGGGAGGCUCCUAUCUUCGAUGGUGGCUGUCCAAUUCUUGGAUUCCACGUUGAAAAGAAGGAAACGAACAGCAUCAUGUGGCAGAAGGUCAAUCCAAUCUUGGUCACUGCCAGAGAAUACCGUAUUAUUGGCCUGAUUGAAGGCCUGCAGUAUCAGUUCAGGGUAUACGCUCAGAACGAUGCUGGACACAGUCGUAUGAGUGACGAGAGCAAACCAGUCAUGGCUGUUUCUCCUGUUGAUCCUCCUGGUACUCCAGACUACGUUGAUGUAACAAGUGAAUCCGUGAAACUGAAAUGGGACGCACCCAAGAGAGACGGCGGAAGCAAAAUCGUUGCUUACAAUGUUGAGAAGCGUCAAGGACAAGGUCGCUGGCUGAAGAGCAACUUCACAGAUGUUACUGAUACAGAGUUCAUAGUGCCUGGUCUGACCUGCGGCGAACGCUAUGAAUUCAGAGUUAUAGCAAGAAAUGCCAUCGGCACCAUCAGCCCACCCUCACAGUCCUCUGGCUAUGUGCUCAUCAGAGACGAAAGCUUCAGUCCAAAUAUUGAGUUUGGUCCGGAGUACUUUGAGGGAGUCGCUAUCAAAGCCGGAGAAAGUCUUAAACUUAAAGUCACUAUUACUGGAAGGCCAACACCCAAGGUCACAUGGUUCAGGGAUGAUGUAGAACUGACCAAGAAGAUGGUAGACAUCACAACCGUUGCCGGAACGAGCACUCUCUUUAUUAGAGAUGCCGACCGCUCUCACCGCGGCAUGUAUAGUGUUGAAGCCAAGAAUAUCGUUGGAACCAAGAAGGAGCAAAUGAAAGUUGAAGUUUUCGAUACACCUGGAGAGCCUGUUGGACCAAUCGUCUUCACAAAUAUCUCAGAGGGCAAAGUAACACUUUCAUGGAAUCCACCAGAGAACGAUGGCUGCUCUGAGGUCACUCAUUACGUCAUUGAAAAGCGUGAAACCGCCAAAAUUUCCUGGGCGCUUGUUACGGAUUGUUGUGAGGGAUGCACGUACAACGCCAGCAAGCUGAUCAAGACCAACGAGUACCAGUUCCGUGUUUCUGCAGUCAACAAGCUUGGUGUCAGCCGACCACUGGACUCUGCUCCUGUUAUCGCUCAAAUGCAAUACACUGUCCCAGACCCGCCUGGUACCCCAGAUUCAACAGAUGCAGAUGGAGAGAGUAUCACUAUCAACUGGGCUCCACCAACACAUGAUGGUGGAAAUCCAGUUCAGUAUUACAUCGUUGAAAGACGUGAGAAGAAAACAGGCCGCUGGUUAAAGGUUCUGACCAGAAAACCCAUUGUUGAAGCUGCACACAGAGUAACUCAUCUGACUGAGGAUGUUGAAUAUGAAUUCCGUGUUUACGCCGUUAACGAUGCUGGAGUUAGCAACCCCAGCAAUAUUUCAAUGCCCAUCAAAUGCGCUGAGCCAACUGAAGAGCCAGACGGUCCUUCAAUUAUCAACGUCACCGACACCACCAACACAUCUGUGAGUCUGGAAUGGACCAGGCCCGGCUAUGAUGGUGGCAUGGAGGUUCAAGGUUACAUCAUUGAGAUGUGCAAAGCAACUGAAGAAGAGUGGCGUAGAAUCAAUGAGGAUCUCUGCACAGUCACUAAGUACACUGCGACCGGCCUGGAAACUGGCGCCGAGUACAAAUUCCGCAUUAUCGCCAUCAAUGCUAUUGGCAAGGGUAAACCGAAAGAGAUUUCUGAGCCCGUAAAAGCAGUGGACAGACUGACUGCACCAGAAAUUGAAAUUGAUGCAUCCUUCCAACAGACGCACAUCGUCAAGAGUGGAGGCAGCGUUUGUCUCCGCAUUGCCUUUAAAGGAAAGCCUGCUCCUAGCGCUUCUUGGGUGAAGGUGGAUGGAGAACUCGGCGUUAUGGCAGAUGUCACCACCACGGAGAACGUCUCUUGUUUGACGCUUGAGAACUGCACGAGAAAUGAUAGCGGAAAAUACACUCUUGCACUUGAGAACAGCAGCGGAAGCAAAUCUACCACUUUCACAGUUAAGGUUCUGGACACACCCGGAGCACCAGGAGCUUUCAAGGUCAAGGAUGUGAACAGAGGAGCCCUCACACUCACGUGGGAGCCUCCCCUUAACGACGGUGGUGCACGUGUUCAUCACUAUCUCGUAGAGAAGCGUGAGGCCAGCCGGCGCACGUGGACCGAGGCAGCACCCAAGUGUACUCAAACGAACUUGAGAGUUUGUGAUCUCCUGGAAGGAGUACCGUACUUCUUCAAAGUCAUGGCAGAAAAUCAGUACGGCCUUGGCGAGGCUAACGAACUAACUGAUCCAAUCAUCGCCACAGCUGAACCAGCUCCACCCAAGAGACUGGACAUUAUCGACACCACUGAUUCCUCAGUUACCUUUGCUUGGCUGAAGCCUGAACAUGAUGGCGGUAGCCGAAUUACAUCUUACUGUAUUGAGGGCAAAGCAAAGGGCACAGAUAAAUGGGUUGUUGCUGGCACUACCAAGAACCUAACCCACACAGUUGAGCGAUUAACGGAAGGCACAGAGUACGAAUUCCGCGUCAAAGCCAAGAAUGAUGCAGGAUUCAGCGAACCUAAGGAAGCAUUCUCAUCUGUUAUCGUUAAAGAGCCUCGUAUUGAGCCAACAGCAGAUCUCAGCGGCAUCACCAACCAGCUCAUUACCUGCAAGACUGGAGCUUCAUUUGAGAUCGAUGUUCCAUUCAGUGGCAGACCGGCUCCAAAGGUUACCUGGAAGCUUGAGGAGAUGAGACUUAAAGAAACUGACAGGGUUUCAAUCAAGACAACCAAGAACAGGACUACUCUGGCGGUGAAAGAGAGCAUGCGAGGUGAUGGAGGUCGAUACUUCCUUACCCUUGAGAACGUCACCGGCGUUAAGACUUUCACCAUCACUGUCAACGUCAUUGGUAGACCUAGUCCUCCUGAGGGUCCUAUUGAGAUUUCCUCAAUUACUUCCGAGUCCUGCAAACUGUCAUGGGAAGUACCUGAAGAUGAUGGCGGAACUGACAUCACCAACUACAUCGUUGAGAAGCGUGAAUCUGGCUCCACUGCCUGGCAGCUUGUUAACUCCAGCGUGAAGCGCACAUCAUUCCACGUGGCUCAUCUGACGAAGUACAUGCAGUACACUUUCCGCAUCUGCGCUGAGAACAGAUUCGGCGUGAGCAAACCAACUGAGUCUGAGACCAUCGUUGCAGAGCAUCCAUUUGUUCCACCUGGUCCUCCAACCAGACCAGAAGUGUUUGGCGUGAGCGCUAACAGCAUGAGCAUUCGCUGGGAAGAGCCGUACCACGAUGGUGGCAGCAAGGUCAAUGGUUACUGGAUUGAGAAGAAGGAGCGCAACACUAUCCUCUGGGUCAGGGAGAACACCAUCCCAUGCUUCGAGUGUUACUACAAGGUGGAUGGCCUUGUUGAAGGUCUUGAGUACCAGUUCAGAGUGUACGCCAUGAAUAACGCCGGCCUCAGCAAAGCAAGUGAAGCCUCAAAGAGAGCUGUGGCUCAGAAUCCAGUUGAUCCUCCAGGAAAGCCGGAGGUAACCAACGUGUCAAGAUCAACGGUUUCGAUUAAGUGGUCUGUGCCAAUGAAUGAUGGUGGAAGUCCCAUUAUGGGCUACAUUGUUGAGCGUAAACCCUACACAAUCACUGGAGAAGGUCGUUGGCUGAAGUGUAAUUACACUAACGUUACCGACACCAACUUCACCAUUACUGCUCUGGGAGAAGGAGAAGUGUACGAGUUCCAUGUAAUCGCCAAAAACGCUAACGGUGUGUACAGCUUGCCAUCAGCUUCGACCGGAGCCGUGACUUGCAAGGCAGAAUACACUCCUCCCAAAGCAGAACUGGACAGCAAACUUCUUGCAGACACUGUUACAAUCAGAGCAGGUUCUGACCUUGUUCUUGAUGCUGCUGUUGGUGGUAAACCUGAUCCGAAGGUCAGCUGGUCCAAGGGACAGAAGGAACUGGACCACUGUGAGAAAUAUUCUCUUCAGUAUUCUAGCACCCGGGCUCUGGCAAUCAUCAAGUUCUGUGAUAGAGAUGACACUGGAAAGUAUAUCCUGACAGUGAAGAACGCCAGUGGAACCAAAACUGCUGAGGUCAAUGUAAAGGUGCUUGACACACCGGGACCGCCUCAGGAUAUUACCAUAAGCAACGUUUCCGAGGAGAAAUGCAAAGUGUCCUGGAAGGUGCCUCUGGAAGACGGUGGUGACCCCAUUACACACUAUGUGGUGGAGAGGAGAGAUACCAACAGACUGAACUGGGUGGUCAUGGAUGCUGAAUGCAAGGGUCUCACAUGUGACAUUACCAGACUCUUCAAGAAUAACGAGUAUAUUUUCCGUGUGAGAGGUGUGAACAAGUACGGAUCUGGUGUACCACUGCAGUCUUCCUCCAUCUUUGCUAGAAAUACCUUCACCGUACCGUCACCCCCAGGAACCCCUGAAAUUCUCGCCGUUGGAAAAGAUUUCGCAACGAUUGAGUGGCUGAAACCUGAGAGCGAUGGAGGUAGCGAAGUCACAAACUACCUGAUUGAGAAGAAGGAAAGGAAGAGCAUCAGAUGGGUCAAGGUCAACAGAGACACUGUACUUAAGGACACAUCCUUCAAGGUCACAGAUCUGCAAGAGGGCAACAUUUACCAGUUCCGUAUAACAGCCAUGAACGCCGCUGGAGACAGUGAGCCCAGUGAGGUGUCUAUGUAUGCUGUCUGCAGAGUCCCAACAGGCAAACCAGAUUCUCCUUCAAUUCCUCGAGUCACAGACACUCACAAGGACAGCAUUAGUCUGGCCUGGUCGAGACCCGUGGAAGAUGGAGGUGCUGAUGUUAUCGGUUAUGUUCUGGAAAUGCAAGAAUUCGGUGCGGAGGAGUGGACCAAGGCCCACGAGAAGAACCUGAGGGGCACAGAGCACACGGUGUCCGGUCUCACCGCCGGCAAAAAGUACUGCUUUAGAGUUGCUGCCGUCAAUGUCAAUGGAAUUGGUGACUUCAGUGACCCAUGUGCUGAAGUUGAGCCUGUCGAGAGAAUCGAACUCCCUGAUAUCGAGCUUCCCGACGAGCUGACGAAGACUAUCUGCCUCAGAGCUGGAGCUUCUCUGCGUCUCCAUGUUACAAUCACUGGAAGACCAUUCCCAGCAAUCACCUGGAGCAAACCUGGUGUGGAUCUCCAGAACCGUGGGUUCAUUGAAGUGACUAGCACUGCCACAACCCUGAUUAUUGAUAAGGUGCACCGCUAUGAUGCUGGAAAAUACACAAUCGAAGCUUCCAAUUCAGCUGGCAAGAAGGACGCCAGCAUUCUUGUGAAGAUCUAUGAUACCCCUGGUCCCACAGGUCUAAUUAAAUUCAAAGAGCUCACAAAAGACUCUGCUCAUAUCACUUGGGACGCUCCUGAGGUCGAUGGUGGAGCACCAGUGAACAAUUACAUCAUUGAGAGAAGAGAGACCUCGAUGAGAGCCUACAAAACCGUGACGUCCAAGUGCAACAAGACGUCAUACAAAAUUACAAACCUGGAGGAGGGAAUGCUCUACUACUUCAGAGUCUUGCCAGAAAACAUCUACGGUAUCGGUGAACCUCGCGAGACGCCUGAUGCCGUACUGGUGUGUGAAGUUCCACUGCCUCCAUCCAAGCUGGAAGUUGUAGAUGUCACCAAGUCUUCCGUAUCACUUGGAUGGGAGAAACCAGAACAUGACGGCGGCAGCAGACUCACCGGUUACAUCGUUGAAGCAUGCAAAGCCGGUACCGACAAAUGGAUGAAGGUCGCCACUCUGAAACUCACCGACUACGAGUACACCAUCGAUAAGCUGAACGAAAGCGAGCAGUACCUGUUCAGGGUACGUGCUGUCAACAGCAGAGGAAUGGGUGAACCCAAAGAAACUGUCACUGCUGUUACAGUGCAAGAACAAAGAGUCAUGCCAAAGGUCGAUUUCUCAAGCAUCCCGCAGAAGAUGAUCAGCGUUUUGGCUGGCAAACCCCUUGAACUUCACCUGCCAAUCAUUGGAAGACCACCUCCAAUCUGCUCUUGGUUCUUCAACGACAAUAAGCUGAAGAUUCAGGAGCGCGUGAAGAUUCAGUCAACUGGCAAGUUCACCAAGUUGACCGUUCUCGACACCACAAUCGAUGACAGUGGAGAAUACACACUUGAAGUGAAGAACAUUACAGGAGUUAUUACAGAGAAAAUUAAAGUUACCAUUCUCGACAAGCCUGAUCAGCCUACAGGACCGAUUAUCUUUGAAGAGAUUGAAGCAACUUCAGUAACAUGUAGCUGGAACCCACCGGAAAGAGACGGAGGUGCUCCUGUUACGAACUACGUUGUUGAGCAGCGUGAUGCUCAUCGUCCAGGAUGGGUACCCGUCUCUGAAUCAGUCAGCAGACCAACCUUUAAGUUCAACAGGUUGACGGAGAGAGAUGAAUACGUCUUCCGCGUUGCUGCAGUCAACAGAUACGGCACCGGCGAGUUCUUGCAGUCUGAAGUUGUGGAAUGCAAGAGUUCCAAAUCCAUCCCUGGACCACCAGGCCGCCCGGUAGUGUUUGACGUGUCUCGCGAUGGCAUGACAGUCGCAUGGGAACCUCCAGAUGAGGAUGGUGGAUUGGAGGUAUCUGGCUACAUCAUUGAGCGCAAAGAGGUCAGAGCUGACCGAUGGGUCCGAGCAAAUAAGAACCCCGUGACGAUGACAAGAUACAGAUCCACAGGUCUCAUUGAAGGUCUUGAAUACGAGCACAGAGUGACCGCCAUCAAUGCCAGAGGUGUUGGUAAACCCAGCCUUCUGUCCAAACCAGCUGUGGCCACUGAUCCAGUUGAUCCACCCGGCUCACCUCAGAACCCAAGAGUCACAGACACCACCAAGACGUCAGUGUCACUGGCCUGGAAUCCACCUGAUGAAGAAGGCGGUUCUAAGGUUACCGGUUACCUGAUUGAGAUGCAGAAGGCUGGUUCUGUAGCCUGGAUCAAGUGCAACACCACACCAUCCAUGAUCUGUGAAUACACACUGACCAAAAUGCCCCAAGGAGAAGAGUUCAAGUUCAGAGUAAUGGCCUGCAAUGCGGGUGGACCAGGUGAACCUGCUGAGGUUCCAGGAUCCGUCAUCAUCACCGAGAGGCUUGAACCACCAAGUCACGAUCUUGAAGCCAAGUACAAAGAUGUCUACGUGGUCAGAUAUGGAGCAGUCAUCAAAAUUUCAGUACCCAUCAAGGGCAAACCAACGCCUGUCUGCAAGUGGUCGAAGGAUGGAGCUGAAGUGUCCAAUCGUGCAAUGAUCGCUGCUAGCGAGGACGUUACUGAGCUCGUUAUUAAGGAAGCUGAGAAGUCUGACUCUGGUGUCUACGUCCUCCACCUGGAAAACAAGUGUGGCAAGAAAAUUGUGCAUAUCAAGGUUAAGGUUAUCGGACGUCCAUCGGCGCCUGAAGGUCCUCUUGCCUUCGACGACAUUCAGGCCCAUUCUGUAAGAGUGAGCUGGAAACCACCUUCAGACGAUGGUGGUACAGAAAUCCUUGGCUACAUUGUGGAGAGGCGUGAGGCACAAAAGGCAGCCUGGUACACUGUGGACUCUCGGGUGGUCGACACGUCAUUGGUGGUUAAGGGACUACAGGAGGGUGCCGAGUACCACUUUAAGGUGACGGCAGAGAACAAGUUUGGCAUCAGCAGUUCUCUUAAAUCCGACCAGCCUGUUGUUCCCAAGACUCCCAUCUGUGUCCCAGAAGCUUCCGGAAUACCACCAGAGAUUAUGGACGUCACUAAGAACUCUGCAAGCUUGGCAUGGACCAAGCCUAAAGAUGAUGGUGGCUCUGCAAUCACUGGGUACUUCGUAGAGUACAAAGAAGUGUCAUCUGAUAAGUGGGUUCGUCACGAGACAAAGAUCACGUCCAGCAUGUUCACUCUAACCGGACUGACUACCGACGCUGAGUAUCAUUUCCGCGUGAUUGCGGUGAACGAUAUUGGAGAGAGUGAACCUGGACCUGUAUCAGAGUCUGUCACCUGCAAAGAUCCAUUUGACAAACCAAGCCAACCAGGCGAGAUUGACACUGUGACCGUCACUAAAGACUACAUUACCGUUCGUUGGGGACCUCCAGAAUGUGAUGGAGGAAAGCCCGUCCUGGGUUAUUGGGUUGAGUACAGAAAAUCAGGGGAGAGCACCUGGAAGAAGUGCAACAGAGAACGCACCAAGGACAAACAGUUCACUCAGGGUAGCCUUCAGGAAGCCACUGAGUACGAAUUUAGAGUUUUCGCUGAAAAUGAAACCGGAACCAGCAGACCUCGCAGAACCGCAACUGGAAUCAAGACCAAACUGAGCGUUGGAACUAAACCAGCCCUCAGAAAGGAAAUGGAUGAAGUUACUGCCAAGCUCGGACAGACUGCCACCCUGAAAUGCCAGAUUAUCGGACGUCCCGUUCCAGAAAUCAAGUGGUACAAGGCUGGAAAGGAAAUCAAAGAAGGACGCAAGUACGCCGCAACCUCCGACGGCCGAAACCACACCCUUACCAUCUCCACCGAACAGCAGGAAGACGAGGGCUUGUACACUUGCAAGGCUGUAAAUGAAGCCGGAGAAUGCGAGACCAGUGGAACCUUGGUUCUGGAAGCAGCACCACAGUUCCCUGUUCCACUCAAAGACAAAAUCUUUGCAGGAUGCGGAACCACUGUUCGCAUUCACGUCAUGUACAUCGGCCGACCCGAGCCUAAGAUCAUGUGGCUUCAUGGCUCCAAACCCAUUGAGGCUUCUGAGAACGUCAGCAUUGAGAACACAGAGCAUUACACUCAUUUGAUUCUGAAGAACGUUCAACGCAGGGUGAACGGCGGAAAGUACCGAAUCAGGAUCAACAACCACUUCGGUUCUGCGGACACAGUGACGCAACUUGAAAUUCAAGACAAGCCCGACAUGCCAACUGGUCCAAUUGUUCUCGAGGCUUUACUGAAGAAUUCCAUCAUCAUUAGUUGGAAGGCACCAGCAGAUGAUGGCGGAUCAAUGAUCACCAACUACAUUGUGGAGAAGCGUGAAGACAAGGAAGGGGCAGAGUGGGAACUUGUGUCGUCAUCCAUCACUGGCAUUUCCUGCCGCAUACCCAAUCUUGUUGAAAACGAAGGAUACUUCUUCCGUGUUUCAGCACAAAACCGUUACGGCAUCAGUGAAUCACUGGUGACGCCAUCUGCAAUUCUUAUUAAGAGUCAGUUAGAUAAGCCCGGAGCACCACUGAAACCAGUUGUAUCCGGAGUGACCAAGAAGUCAUGCAUUGUGUCCUGGAAACCACCUCUUAGCGAUGGAGGUUCCAAGAUUAAGAACUACUGUCUUGAGAAGAAAGAAAAGAAGAAGGGUGAAUGGGCUGCUGUUACCACAGAUGAAAUCCACCAGACCGUUUACUCCGUUAAGGGUCUCGUGGAAGGUGUGGAAUACAUUUUCCGUGUGAAAUGUGAAAACCUCGGUGGAGAGAGUGAAUACAGCGAGGAGUCUGAUCCUGUUGUUCCAAAGGCGGAAGUUGAAGUGCAUGCUCCCGCCUUCAGAGAAGACCUCAGGAACCUGAGCGUGAAAUACAAGAGCAAUGCAACGUUUGUUUGCAAGAUUACAGGACAGCCUAAACCUGUGAUCAAAUGGUUCAGGCGUGGCAAAGAGAUUCAGUCUGACGGAACCAAACUCAAGAUCCAGGAGUUUAAGGGAGGUUACCAUCAACUCGUUAUUUCUAACGCUGAUGAGGAAGACUCAACCGUCUACCAGAUUAGAGCAACAAACCAGGGAGGAUCUAUCUCUGCUACAGUUUCUCUGGAUGUUGAAAUACCUGCAAAGAUUCAUUUGCCCAAGAACUUGCAAGACAAAGAGGCCAUCCACGCUCUUCGCGGCGAGGUGGUGAACAUCAAGAUUCCAUUCAGUGGAAAACCAGAUCCAGUCAUCACAUGGCAGAAGGGACAAGAUCUUAUUGACAAUAAUGGAUAUUACCAAGUUAUCGUCACAAGAUCGUUCACAGCUUUGGUGUUCCCUAACGGAGUUGAGAGGAAAGAUGCUGGUUUCUACAUCGUCUGCGCGAAGAACAGGUUUGGAAUUGACCAGCAAACCGUUGAACUUGAUGUUGCAGACGUACCUGAUCCACCUCGUGGUGUCAAAGCCGGUGAUGUUUCUAGAGAUUCUGUCUCUCUGGACUGGGUGGCACCUGCUAGCGACGGCGGAAGCAGAGUUACUAACUACAUCGUAGAAAAGUGUGCCACUACCGCUGAGAGGUGGAUCCGUGUCGCCCAGUCACGUGACACUCAUUACACGGUCACCAACCUGUUCGGAAAGACAAGCUACCAGUUCCGUGUAAUUGCAGAGAACAAAUUUGGUCAAAGUGCACCAUCUGAGAGCAGUGGACCCGUAGUGACCAAAGAAGACAAAUCAAGAGUUCUUAACUAUGACGAGGAAGUGGAUGAAACCAGAUCUGUGCCUUCUGGAAAGGCUCCACAUUCAGAGGCCAAGAACCUCCACAACAAAUACAUGAUUGCUGAAGAGCUUGGCCACGGACAGUACGGCAUUGUCCACCGCUGUGUUGAGGUCAGUUCAGAGAAGACAUUCAUGGCCAAAUUCGUCAAAGUGAGAGGUGCCGACCAAGCCAUAGUGAAGAAAGAAAUCGCAACUCUAAAUCUGGCACGUCAUAAGAACUUCCUGAUCCUCCACGAGUCAUUUGACAGUCCUGAAGAACUGGUCAUGAUCUACGAGUUCAUCUCUGGAGUUGACAUAUUUGAGCGCAUUAGCACUGCUAACUUCGAGCUCAAUGAACGUGUGAUUGUGAACUACAUCAGACAAGUGUGCGAAGCCCUUGAGUAUCUGCACAGCAAGAGUUAUGGUCACUUUGAUAUUAGACCUGAGAACAUUGUGUACACCACAAGAAGAGGAACCACUGUCAAGAUCAUUGAACUGGGACAAUCCAGACAUCUUACUCCCGGAGACCAAAUCAAAAUUCAGUACACCGCAGCCGAAUACUGUGCUCCUGAAAUCCACCAAAAUGAGAUGGUCAGCACAGUCACAGACAUGUGGUCCGUUGGUGUUUUGGUCUACGUUCUCCUCAGUGGACUCAAUCCUUUCAUUGCUGAAACCAAUCAGCAAACGAUUGACAACAUCUCCAAUGCCGAAUACAGUUUUGAAGAUGAGUCCUUCAAAGAUGUCAGUGUUGAGGCAAUGGACUUUAUCGACCGUCUGCUUACUAAAGACCGUAAACAUCGUAUGACUGCGGCUGAAGCCUUGAAUCAUCCUUGGCUGACAAAGAGCACAGAGGAGAUUAGCACUAAGACCAUCAAGACCACACGACACAAGAGGUACUAUGGUGCUAUGGUGAAGAAAGAAUGGAACACAGUCGUCUCGUCGGCUCGUGUUGCCAGUGGUGGAGCGAUCAGAAGUCAGAGAGGCGUAACAAUUGCCAAAGCAAAGAUUGCACCAUUUGAACAUGGUCCACUUGCUGGGCAAAUCAAACACAGCACUGCUGGUGAUGGAGACGAUGUCAAGUUCAUCUGCAACAUUGAGAACUACGACAGUAGUACUGAGGUUACGUGGUACUGUGGAGUCAGACAACUUGAAGAAGGUGCCAGAUAUGAAAUCACCUACGAAGAGGGUCUUGCUACCAUAACCAUCAAGGGUAUCAACAGAACAGAUGACGGAACGUACAGAUGCAAAGUUGUUAAUGAGUACGGUGAGGACAGUGCUUAUGCUGAGCUCUUCGUCAGAGGUGUCAGAGAAUACCGCAACUUCUACACAGCACGCGUUGUAAAGAAGGUCAAACGCAGAGUGGACACAGCCAGACUUCUCCAAAGACCUCCAGAGUUCACCCUUCCUUUGUGCAACCGCACUGCUUACAUCGGAGAGUCUGUUCGCUUUGGCGUCACCAUCACCGUGCAUCCUGAGCCACGUGUCAUGUGGUUGAAAUCUGGACAGAAGAUUUCUCCAGGAGACGAUGACAGAAAAUACACCUUUGUCAGUGACAAGGGCCUGUAUCAGUUGGUAAUCAAAAAUCUGGACCCUGAUGACGAUGCUGAGUACUCUGUUGUGGCACGCAACAGAUACGGAGAUGACAGCUGCAAGGCUCGUCUCACAGUGGUUCCUCGUCCUGCACCUGCUGAUAAUACCCUGAGACCCAUGUUCAAACGCCUGCUGGCAAACCUGGAGUGCAGAGAGGGCCAGAGUGUGAGAUUCGAGAUAAGAGUUUCAGGAGUACCAGUACUGAAAUGGGAGAAGGACGGCACACCGUUGGCAUUUGGUCCACAAAUUGAAAUUGUUCACGAGGGCUUGGACUACUUUGUCCUACACAUCAGAGACACUCUUCCAGAGGAUUCUGGCACUUACAGAGUCACUGCAACCAACUCUGCUGGCUCUGCAAGUUGUCAAGCCACACUCAAGGUUGAGCGUGUGACACAUGUCAAGAAGGACUUUGAGAGUGAAGAGGAAAAGAAAAAGAAACAAGCGCUUGACCAGCAAAAGAUAGACAAGAAGGUUCGACUAACGCAGAUUCUCGCUGGUGCGGACGUGACCCCUCUCACUCCCAUUGCACAGCAGGCCCUGAGAGAGGCUGCAACUAUGUUCAAACCAGCAGUGACCCCCAAGAAAGGAAAGACUGAAGCUGAGGAAGCCAAAGAAAAGGAAGAGAAAAAGAAAAGAGCGGAGGAAAAGAGGUUGAGAAUGCCAUAUGAUGUUCCUGCACCUCGUGUCCACGCUCCUACUGCUCUUGAGGAGGACAUGGAGAUCAAACACUUUAAACCAUUCUCAGAUAUGAAAUGGUACAAGAAACUGAGGGACCAGUAUGAGUUCCCUGAACCAAUGGACAAGAUUCCCCAGAAGAGACUCAAGCGUAUCCGACUUUCAAGGUGGGAACAACACUACGAAGUGCCUCUGCCGAGAAUCAACGACCAAUACAAACCCAAAUGGCGUAUUCCAACUUCACAAGACGACUUGGAAACCGUGAGACCAGCAAGGCACCGCACACCUUCUCCAGAAAUGGACACUUACUACAGAAUUAGACGCCGCUCCCUUGGAGAUCUUUCUGACGAGGAACUGCUUCUCCCUGUGAAAGAAUACCUGUCGAUGAAGGUCACUGAGGAGGAAAGGAUUAAACUUGAGCAGGAGCUUGAACUGGGCUACUCUGCAUCUCCACCAAGCCUGAGCCCUGUACGCUUUGAGCUCUCUGCUUUGCGUCCGUCUUCACCUAAGAGAGCUGCAUACGGUGAAGAGGAAGAACAAGAGGAAGUCCCAACCUACGACUCCUAUCGCAUUCCCUCUAAAUAUGAGGCCGGUCCAAGUUACAUUGAUCUGCGCCAGCGGCACGAAAAGGCAACACACAGACCUCCAAGGCAGAAGCAAAGAUUGUAUGAAGAAAAGGAGGACCAGGAGCUGCUCAGACAAGUCACCACCACCACAAGACUAACCUCUUAUAAGAGCCAACUGAAACAUAUGGAGUUUGAGGAAAAGACAAGAGUCUCCAGAAAGGAAAAAUCUAAAGUUUCAGUAUCAGCAGUGGUUGAAGGAGCUGAUGUACCUGUCGCAAUUUCACCUGGCUACACUAAAGUGACACGCCCCAAGACUGAGAAGCCUCCGACGGCAGUCAGUCUUCCGACACCAGAGCCGGUACGCCCACGCUCUCUGAGCCCUGCUUCAGCCCCGACACAAGACCUGACCACAACGGUUGAUUACAUGCAAAGGUAUGAAGCAAAGAAGAAAGCUCUGAAAACCAAGACAAAGUUUGAAGUUGUGACUCAGGAGCCGUUUACUCUGGACCAUGCCCCAAGGGUGACGGUAAGAAUGCGCUCCCACCGUGUGCCAAUUGGUCAGAACACUAAAUUCACACUGAAUGUCCAAUCUAAGCCUGAUGCAACAAUCCAGUGGUUCCACAAUGGCAAGCCUAUUCAAGACAGCAGGAAGUACCACAUGUUUAACAUGAGCGGAGUUCUUUCUCUCCAAAUCAUCGACUGCCAAGAAGAAGACAGCGGCACAUAUCGCGUUGUUUGCACAAAUGCAAAGGGAGAAGCCUCUGACUACGCCACUCUUGAUGUUUCCGGAGGAGGAUUUUCUGCAUACGCUUCUCAGCGCAAAGACGAGGAGCCUCCGACUCCCUUUGUACCUGAAAUGACAAAGACGGAUGUUUACCACGUCGCAUCAGCAAAGGCCACUUCUGCCACUUCUGCCACUUCUGAAACACAGGUUUCUGAGACAGUUACUGAAAUCAAAUCGUCAGAAAUCAAGACUGCAGAAAUAACAACCGCAGAAAUCACAACUGCGGAAAUCAAAACUGCAGAAAUCACAACAGCAGAAAUCAAAACUGAGACUACCGAAACUAUUGUUCAUGAAGAAUACGCAUCUUAUGAGACCAAACUCGAGGAAGUCGUUACAGUAGAGGAAGCUGUAGUCGAGGUAAAGAAAUCAACCCUUCCAGCUACAAUCCUGACUAAACCACAGUCCCUCACAGUUUCUGAGGGUGAAUCGGCCAAAUUUACAUGUGAUGUGGAUGGUGAACCAGCCCCCAGUGUGACCUGGAUGAAAGAAGGAAAAACUAUUGUGUCAUCCUCCCGUCACAUGGUAACAUCAACAGAAUACAAGUCCACGUUUGAGAUCUCUAAAGUUGAAGUCUCAGACGACGGUAGUUACACAGUGAUCGUGGAAAACGAAGAAGGCAAACAAGAGGCUCAGUUCACUCUGACGGUCCGCAAGGCAACACCAGUCCAGAAGGCUCUGGCUUCUCCACCAAGAGUCAAAUCUCCAGAGUCUCCUCGAUUGAAGUCACCCUUUGGAAUUAAAUCCCCACCGAGAAUUAAGUCACCUGAGCCAAUCAGGUCACCACAGAGGGUUAAGUCCCCACUGACGGCAAAAUCACCCACUCCAAAAUCACCCACUCAAAAAGAGACCAAACCUGCCUUCAGCACAGAACUGAGCAACAUCUCGGCUUCUUCAGAAACAAUCGUCAAGCUGACAGUCAAAUUGACUGGUGAGCCUAAACCCCUGAUCUCCUGGAUGAAGGACGGAAAGCGUCUUUCUCAGGGUGGAAAAUUUGAAAUAUUUGAGGAACAAGGUUCCGCCCAUCUCGAAAUCUACGACUCUGAUGUGUCUGACAGUGGUGUGUACAAAUGCACCGCCACAAACAGUGCCGGAUCCGUUACCACGAGUUGCACAGUCACUGUGAAAGAAUCAGCAAAAUCCGCAGCACUAAUGGAAGAAAUUGUGAAAAAGGAGAUUGUCCACGAGGAAGUCCAGUCCUUCACAGAAAUUAAAGCAUCACAGACCCAACUGACAAUGAUCGAGGGUCAGUCCGUCACACUGAAAGCAAACAUCCCUGGAGCUUCUGAUGUGAAAUGGAUUCUGAAUGGAGUGGAACUGGUAAAUUCAGAUGUCUACAGAUACGGCGUUUCUGGGAACGAGCACUCUUUGACGAUCAAGAGCGCCAGCUCUGAACACAGAGGAAUCCUCACCUGUGAGGCAAAAACAGAGCACGGUGUGGUCAAGUGCCAUUUCGACUCAACGAUAAAACAGAAGCGCUCGGACGCUCCAGCCUUCGUAGUCCAACCACAUUCCCAGAAUGUUAACGAGGGACAGGAUGUUGUAUUCUCGUGCGAAAUCACAGGAGAACCUACUCCUGAAGUCGAAUGGUUCAAGGAUAAUGCAAUGAUAACUCUAACAUCUAAUAUGAAGCUGAGCCGUUCUAAGAACGUGUACAAACUGGAGAUUAAGAACGCCACUGUUGAAGACACUGGAAAAUACACAGUCAAAGCCAAGAACCAGUUUGGACAGAGUUCUGUAACAGCAUCUCUCAAUGUGAUCACUCUUGUUGAAGAACCGGUCAAAAUGAUAGUAUUGGAGAAAAGCUCCGAGGCUACAGGCUUACAGGGCAGCUACUCUGCCUUUCAAAUGGCUGCAGCAGUGCAGGAGGCGGCCUUCCGCGGCUCCAGCAUGGCACAGGUUCAGUUUCAGAGCAUGUCUGCAUCUAGCAUGACCUCCAUGACUGCCCAAACCAUGGUAGCCACCAGCUCGAGCAGCAUGAUGGAAAUGUCCAGUCACUCGCACGUUGCGGGAUCUUCCGUCAGAUCCGUUACUCUCGGGCGGAAAGGAAUCCCACCGAAGAUUGAAGCAGCUCCGGAGGAGAUCAGCGUUGAGUCGGGGAAGGUUCUGACCGUGGCCUGUGCGUUCAGUGGAGACCCGGUGCCCGAUGUUGAGUGGUCUCAUUCAGGCAGGGUGCUCUCCGGCGCCCCCAGCGGACGCUUCCAGAUCGCUACGACCGAGGACAUCACCACGCUCAUCAUCAGCGGCGUGAAGGAGAACGACGCCGGAGCGUACACCCUCAGACUGUCCAACGAGCUCGGGUCUGAUACCGCCACCGUCAACGUCAGCAUUCGAUCCAUGUAAAGAAAAAAAUAUAUAACCGUAAUCCAACCUAUACCCCUUUUUUUCUCCUCCUUCCUGCAAUAUCGUUUUAUUUAUUGAAUGAGUAAAGAUACUCUGUUCUAGAUAAAGACCUGGAUCUCUGUAAAUAUGAACUAUUUUUAUACCAAACUUGACAUUAAUUUAUGCCAAACUAGACUAAAAAAGUCUAAAGUUGUUAUAAAAUGUGCCAUAUUGAUUAUGAUGAUUAUGACUAGGAUUUUUGAACCAAUUUUUCUGUGACGUGUACAUAAUGUAUAUAGCCGAAUUUAACGGUUAUGGGAAAUGUAUGAAUUGUUAUUUAUGACAAUUUUAACUGAAAAAAUGGAACUAAACGUUUAUCAGGAGAAAGUUUCUAAAGGAACGAAUACCCUGUUAAACCCGAAACUAAACUAUGUGCCUCAACAAAAAGUUGAAGUCCUAAGAUUGCCUCAACAGGUAGAGAGGCUCCCUGUUGAAGUUCUACUAAAAUCCGAGAGACACCGUUUUAUGCACUGUACACCUGUGCAGGGAGUAACGCAAUACUCUGAAUGUAUAACUCGACCAUAAGACCUUGAGUGCUGUUUGCAUCUUACCCUCAUGUAAGCAGCUCGACUAGGCCUUGUGUUCAGACUGAUUUUGUCAUACUACCAUUUUAAUGACAUGUUCACAGUGCGAGCGGCCUGCACUCUGAGCAGAUUAUUAUGUUUAGCGCACGCUUUCUGGCAGAGGACCGUCUGAAGCGGAUUUUAAGAACGUAACAUCACCUGGCCAUUUUUAUUUCUGGAUCCGUUCAGGUGCUUCUCUGCAGAACCCGUGCCGCCUCUUGGAGGAUCGCUAGCUUAUAUUUUGUGUGUUUGUGUGUUAUAGUGUGUGUGUUAGCUUUAGAUUCUCACCUCGUCAGCGGUCAGGGCGAUCAUCAAGCGAUGUACCACAGCGACGACACCCGCUGUGCAAAGAAAACACAAAAUACAUGAAGAUUAAAGCCCUGCACUUUGAUUUAAUAGCAAUUAAUUUAUGUAGCAGCAUCUAUAUAUUCAGCCUCCUUGAGUUUUAUGAAUUUCUGAUUUAAUAAAGCAUGAUUUCAGCACCAUAAAA